CCCAUUAACUUGCGUAAAGGGAAUGUGAUUAAUUUUAACAUAAAUAAAACAACCUGUGCACAGAGUGAAGCUGGGAAGACACAGAUGCCAACUAUCAGUUUUCAGACACUGUCCGAUCCAGGGUUCAUAAAUAUGGCUGAGGAAUCCUGCCAUAAACUAAAGGUAGGGACUAGUUGUUUUUUAUCGUUUUUUUUUUUGUUUGUUUGUUUUUUUUACAUAUACUUCAUUUAAUAUACUUCUCUUUUUUUUUUUUGCAUAUACUUAAUUUAAUAUACUUCAUUACAUUUUGUAUACAUAUACUUCAUGUAAUAAAAAAAACAAUUCCCUUUCAAAACUGUGUGUACAGUUCAGGAGUGCUGUGAGAUAUGUAUGCAGGUGCUGUAUGCUGUGAGAUGUGUAUACAGGUGCUGUAUACUGUGUGAUGUGUAUACAGGUGGAGGAUGCUGUGCGAUGUGUAUACAGGUGGAGGAUGCUGUGCAAUGUGUAUACAGGUGCUGUAUGCUGUGCGAUGUAUAUACAGGUGGAGGAUGCUGUGUGAUGUGUAUGCAUGUGUAGGAUGCUGUGUGAUUUGCAUACAGGUGCUGUAUGAUGUGUAUAUAGGUUCCUUAUGGUGUGUAUACAGGUGCACCCUGCUGUGAGAUGUGUAUGCUGGUGCUGUAUGCUCUGUGAUGUGUAUACAGGUGCAGCAUGCUGUGAGAUCUGUAUGCAGGUGCUGUAUGAUGAGUAUACAGAUGGAUGAUUGUGUGUAAUGUGUAUAGAGGUGCUGUAUGCUUUCUAAUGUGUAUACAGGUGCUGUACGCUGUUUGAUGUGUAUGCAGGUGCAUCAUGCUGUGAGAUGUGUAUGCAGGUGCUGUAUACUAUGUAUGUAGGUGCUGUGUGAUGUGUAUGCAGGUGCUGUGUAUUGUGUAUACUGCUGGAGGAUUCCAUGUGAUGUGUAUACAGGUGGAGGAUACUGUGUGAUGUGUAUAUAGAUUCCGUGUGAUGUGUAUACAGCUGGAGGAUACUGUGUGAUGUGUUUACAGGUGCUGUGUAUGAAUGUGCUCUGUGAUGUGUAUAUAGGUGCUGUAUGCUGUGUGAUGUGUAUGCAGGUGGAGGAUCCUGUGUGAUAUAUAUACAGGUGGAGGAUCCUGUGUGAUAUGUAUACAGGUGGAGGAUCCUGUGUAAUGUGUAUGCAGGUGGAGGAUACUAUGUGAUGUGUGUACAGGUGGAGGAUCCUUUGUGAUGUGUAUACAGGUGGAGGAUCCUGUGUAAUGUGUAUACAGGUGGAGGAUACUAUGUGAUUUGCAUACAGGUGCUGUAUGAUGUGUAUAUUGGUUCCUUGUGGUGUAUAUACAGGUGCAUCCUGCUGUGAGAUGUGUAUGCUGGUGCUGUAUGCUCUGUGAUGUGUAUGCAGGUGUAGGAUGCUGUGUGAUUUGCAUACAGGUGCUGUAUGAUGUGUAUAUAGGUUCCUUGUGGUGUGUAUACAGGUGCACCCUGCUGUGAGAUGUGUAUGUUGGUGCUGUAUGCUCUGUGAUGUGUAUACAGGUGCAGCAUGCUGUGAGAUCUGUAUGCAGGUGCUGUAUGAUGAGUAUACAGAUGGAUGAUUGUGUGUAAUGUGUAUAGAGGUGCUGUAUGCUUUCUAAUGUGUAUACAGGUGCUGUACGCUGUUUGAUGUGUAUGCAGGUGCAUCAUGCUGUGAGAUGUUUAUGCAGGUGCUGUAUACUAUGUAUGUAGGUGCUGUGUGAUGUGUAUGCAGGUGCUGUGUAUUGUGUAUACUGCUGGAGGAUUCCAUGUGAUGUGUAUACAGGUGGAGGAUCCUUUGUGAUGUGUAUACAGGUGGAGGAUCCUGUGUAAUGUGUAUACAGGUGGAGGAUACUAUGUGAUGUGUAUACAGGUGGAGGAUACUGUGUGAUGUGUAUACAGGUGGAAGAUGCAGUGUAAAGUGUAUACAGAUGGAGGAUUCCGUGUGGUGUGUAUACAGGUGGAGGAUACUGUGUGAUGUGUGUACAGGUGGAGGAUUCCGUGUGAUGUGUAUACAGGUGGAGGAUACUGUGUGAUGUGUGUACAGGUGGAGGAUACUAUGUGAUGUGUAUACUGUGUGGUGUGUAUACAGGUGAAGGAUACUGUGUGAUAUGUGUACAGGUGGAGGAUACUGUGUGAUAUGUAUACAGGUAGAGGAUCCUGUGUAAUGUGUAUACAGGUGGAGGAUUCUAUGUGAUGUGUAUACAGGUGGAAGAUACUAUGUGAUGUGUAUACAGGUGGAGGAUACUAUGUGAUGUGUAUACAGGUGGAGGAUACUAUGUGAUGUGUAUACAGGUGGAAGAUAUUGUGUGAUGUGUAUACAGGUGGAAGAUACUGUGUGAUGUGUAUACAGAUGGAGGAUGCUGUGUGAUAUGUAUACAGGUGGAAGAUACUGUGUGAUGUGUAUACAGAUGUAGGAUGCUGUGUGAUAUGUAUACAGGUGGAAGAUACUGUGUGGUGUGUAUACAGGUGGAGGAUACUGUGUGAUAUGUAUACAGGUGGAAUAUACUGUGUGGUGUGGAUACAGGUGGAGGAUACUGUGUGAUAUGUAUACAGGUGGAAGAUAAUGUGUGGUGUGUACACAGGUGGAGGAUACUGUGUGAUAUGUAUACAGGUGGAGGAUACUGUGUGGUGUGGAUACAGGUGGAAGAUACUGUGUGAUAUGUAUACAGGUGGAAGAUACUGUGUGAUAUGUAUACAGGUGGAAGAUACUGUGUGGUGUGUAUACAGGUGGAAUAUACUGUGUGGUGUGUAUACAGGUGGAGGAUACUGUGUGAUAUGUAUACAGGUGGAAGAUACUGUGUGAUAUGUAUACAGGUGGAGGAUACUGUGUGGUGUGUAUACAGGUGGAAUAUACUGUGUGGUGUGUAUACAGGUGGAGGAUACUGCGUGAUAUGUAUACAGGUGGAGGAUACUGUGUGGUGUGGAUACAGGUGGAAGAUACUGUGUGAUGUGUAUAUGGGUGGAAGAUACUGUGUGAUGUGUAUACAGAUGGAGGAUACUGUGUGGUGUGGAUACAGGUGGAAGAUACUGUGUGAUGUGUAUAUGGGUGGAAGAUACUGUGUGAUGUGUAUACAGGUGGAAGAUACUGUGUGAUGUGUAUAUGGGUGGAAGAUACUGCGUGAUAUGUAUACAGGUGGAGGAUACUGUGUGGUGUGGAUACAGGUGGAAGAUACUGUGUGAUGUGUAUAUGGGUGGAGGAUACUGUGUGAUGUGUAUACAGAUGGAGGAUGCUGUGUGAUGUGUUUACAGGUGAUGUCCAGAAUCAGCAUGCUGCAAGUACACUAGAAUCAUUCUGUGUGUUGUGCAGCUCCAGAAGCAGAAUGUGGUGUGUCAGUGUAUUUCUUUUACAUAGUGUCUAUAAAGCCAAGGUCACACCUUUACCUUGUAUUAUUGAGAGGUGAGUACAGCAUGUCACAGUUACUGAUGUUGCACUCCAUGUUGCUUAACUCUUUGGGCUGGUUCCUGCUAUUUGAGAAGGCGUCAUUCUCAAGAGAAGGAGGGUGUGUUAGAGAGUUAAGAAACACAGUUUAAAGAGAGAGAGUAGUCACAUCCCGUUGUGUGCACUUUUGGACUAUUCCCUACAGAAGGUAUGUUUGCAUACUUUACACCGUAGCAGUUAUUGCAUGAUGUGAUCAUAUUCUUUACUAUCUGUCUGAUAAUAACAUUUUUACCACACACUGUGCUACGUGUACAUUGUCAAUUGAGGAAAUAUGAGGAAACAAAAAGUACCAAAUGCAAACUAUAGUAUAUAUAGACAUAUUAAAAAACAGAACAAGUCGGCUGUUGAGUUUUAAAAGUAUUUGGAUAAAUUAAAGUGAUAGUAGAAGCUUUUUAGACUUUGGUUAAUUGUAUUUGGUUUGUUAAGAAAUUCAUUGUGACAUUAUUAUUAAUAUUAUUAUUGCCAUUUAUAUAGCACCAACAGAUUCUGUAGCCUUUACAAUAUUAUUAGAGGGGGGAGUUAACUAUAAAUAGGACAAUUACAAGAAAACUUACAGGAACGAUAGGUUGAAAAGGACCCUGCUCAAACGAACUUACAGUGUAUAGGAUGUACCUGAGAUGGCAAUGGAGGCUAAUUUGUAUACAGUGAGGUUAUAAUUUGCAUACAAUGAGGUUAUAAUUUGUAUACAGUGAGGUUAUAAUUUGUAUACAAUGAGGUUAUAAUUUCUAUACAGUGAGGUUAUAAUUUGUAUACAAUGAGGUUAUAAUUUCUAUACAGUGAGGUUAUAAUUUGCAUACAAUGAGGUUAUAAUUUGUAUACAGUGAGGUUAUAAAUUGUAUACAAUGAGGUUAUAAUUUGUAUACAGUGAGGUUAUAAAUUGUAUACAAUGAGGUUAUAAUUUGUAUACAGUGAGGUUAUAAUUUGCAUACAAUGAGGUUAUAAUUUGUAUACAGUGAGGUUAUAAAUUGUAUACAAUGAGGUUAUAAUUUGUAUACAGUGAGGUUAUAAUUUCUAUACAGUGAGGUUAUAAUUUGCAUACAAUGAGGUUAUAAUUUGUAUACAGUGAGGUUAUAAAUUGUAUACAAUGAGGUUAUAAUUUCUAUACAGUGAGGUUAUAAUUUGCAUACAAUGAGGUUAUAAUUUGUAUUGAAUGAGGUUAUAAAUUGUGUACAAUAAGGUGUAUAUAUUAAACAAGGAACUGUGGAGAAUUGACAAACUAAUGGCAAAUUUUAGACCAAAAUAGCUGAACUGGGUGAAUUCUACAACUCGGCUUAACUUUUGUAAUUAAGUAUUUUGGUUUUAGUUUUGUUUAAAUGUUGCAAUUCCCUUGUCAGCUCUCCAAAAUUCCAAGCUUAGUAAAUAAACCAUAAUACUUUUUGUUAAAGUGACUGCUGUAGUGGUCUGAGAAGCCAGUUGCCAAACCUGUCACCAUUCAUUGGCUGAGAGUGUCAGCUGACUGCUCUCAACCAAUGACUGCAAGUCUAUGCUCAGGAAAGGAACAUGCACAGAACUGACUGUAGCCAGCCUAAAAUUCUUGUUCUUGUUGAGCUGCAGGACGUAGCUCAUGAAAGCUAACAGAAGUUCCUGCUUUUGAACUUACAACUCUCUGGCAUUAGUAGUGGAAGUGAAGAGUGGUGUCUAGGGGACAGGUAAGAAGUCAAACCAUCCAAAAAUUAUUUGACUCCUUAUAAUAAAGUGUGCCAGAGCACACCAAGCACUGGAACAGCUAUAAUAAACUGCAGUAGGGAUGGAGCUUGGAGUGUUCCUUUUACUCCACACCACUCACCACUUCUCCGCUGCACCACACCAUUUAAAGAGUGUGAUUUUAUUGAUUUGAAGUGGUCAUGGUGCCUAAAGUCUGUAUGUGCAGUGUUUCUGCUGCUGGAUUUAUAAAUUCACGCUGGCAGGAUCAUUGGGGCAUUAUUAAUCAGCUAUUAACCAUUGGGGCAUUAUUAGUCAGGAAUGAUUACCAGCCUGGGACAAAUUUCUCUGCCAGAAGUCACUGGUCACUUGAUUUAAUGUCUACAAGUGUGCUGAAAAUGUCUACUCACCCCUUGCUUUCAAAGGGUAAAGAAAGUUGCAAUGGGUCAUAUGCCUAUGGUCAGGGAGGGGGUUUGAGUGAAUGGACUCUACCAUUUCACUUUUAGCAUUACAGUAGCAGUCCAGAUAUUGCUAGAGAUGUUUUGAUUAUUCUGGGAAUAUAUGAUUUAACUUUAUUUACUUUAUGUGGGCAUUCUGGUCAAUUGCAAACAUUAUUUUUAUACAAGUUAAGCAAGAUAAAAAGUUGACCAAGAGUGAAUAAUCCCUCUUAGAUAGAUAGGAAGGUAGAGGUCAUGGUGUAGAAAAAGGUGAAUAUCCACUAAACAGCUGGUAAAACAACCUACACCCUAGGUUGAAUAUAUAAAACAAUCAGAAAAGAAAAAGAUCAAUUGCUUCAACCAGGAAUAGAUACCAACACCUAGAAUAUUCGAUAUAUAUACGUAUAGAUAUACUAUGUUAAAUAAAUAUAUUUCUAGCAGAGAUGGUAGAUCUGCUAAACAGUGAAUUUAAAAUGAAAUAUAUCACUAUAAAAUAAGCAGUUCAACAACAUUCAAUCUUAUGAUACAUAUAUUAGGGGGGGGGGGGAAUCUAGACACAAACAAAUGUAUCUAAAUAGAGAUACACUGUAUCAAUGAAUGCAGACGAUGAUUCAACAAACUCAGUACUGGUAAUAUAUGAGACCCAGAGAAAUAUAAUCAGUCCAAUAAAGUCUCUUAAAUGUAUGCUCUUAUAAAUUAGGCUAUUAUCCUUGCUAUAAGGACAGCAAGGAAGCUAGCCAAUAGGAGCUAAAAAUACUCUAGUAACAGACUAAUAUCCCAAUCAAUAAUAGUAUGGUACAUCAAAAAUAAAAAAAAAAUUAGAUUAUAAUAUAAUCAAAUAGAAAUAGUAGUAGACAUGUGGAAGUGUAGGAUAAACAGUUAUACAUAAAUCAUCAGUAGAAUCCAGGAAGAUUUCUUUACAACGGCAACCGUUGAUCCCAAUAAUAUAUAGUGCACAGGCAAAGUGUUCACUGUAAAAAAGUUUAUUAAUUCAACUAAAUGAAUAUAAAAAAAGAUAAAAGUCACUCACAUAAUAGCAGAGGAAUCCUCUGAUGAAGUGACCGAGCGUCACGAAACGCGUAAGGCUUCAUCUGAAACUCACACACAGUGGAACGCAUACUGAACCCAAGUGGAACGCACGCGGUGAAUCUCGCCUUUCAGUCACUUGACACCCAGGACUCUGAAGCUGUCUUUGAAGCCGGCUCUGAUAAGUCAGCAGUUCAAUAGCACCCAGGCUGUUGAGAGAUAGACUCUAUAGAAAGGUUCCCUAUUCAUAUGCUAUUAUAUGAGUGACUUUUAUAUUCUUUUAGUUGAAUCAAUAAAUUUUUUUACGGUGAACACUUUGCCUGUGCACUAUAUAUUAUUGGGAUCAACGGUUGCCGUUGUAAAGAAACCUUCCUGGAUUCUACUGAUGAUUUAUGUAGAAGUGUUUAUCCUACACUUCUACAUGUCUACUACUAUUUCUAUUUGAUUAUAUUAUAAUCUAAUUUUUUUUAUUUUUGAUGUACCAUACUAUUAUUGAUUGGGAUAUUAGUCUGUUACUAGAGUAUUUUUAGCUCCUAUUGGCUAGCUUCCUUGCUGUCCUUAUAGCAAGGAUAAUAGCCUAAUUUAUAAGAGCAUACAUUUAAGAGACUUUAUUGGACUGAUUAUAUUUCUCUGGGUCUCAUAUAUUACCAGUACUGAGUUUGUUGAAUCAUCGUCUGCAUUCAUUGAUACAGUGUAUAUCUAUUUAGAUACAUUUGUUUGUGUCUAGAUUGUUUUCCCUGUCUAAUAUAUGUAUCAUAAGAUUGAAUGUUAUUGAACUGCUUAUUUUAUAGUGAUAUAUUUCAUUUUAAAUUCACUGUUUAGCAGAUCUACCAUCUCUGCUAGAAAUAUAUUUAUUUACCAUAGUAUAUCUAUAUCUAUACGUAUAUAUCACGAAUAUUCUAGGUGUUGGUAUCUACUCCUGGUUGAAGCAGUUGAUCUUUUUCUUUUUGCUCUCGUUUCUGAUUGUUUUACAAUUUAAGCAAGGUAUUUGACUAUUCUUAUUUAUCUAUUUUUGGCACACUUACAGUAUUUGAAAGAAAAUAUUUUUUGCUUUUAUACAAACAUUUCACACGCCGUAUGAAAUAUUGCAAGAUAAUGGAUACCAAAUACUUUAUAAACUAUUUUAUUUCCAAAUAUUUUUAUAAGGGUUGAACAAAUAAGUGAAAAAUAAACAUUCUGUAAUUUUUUUUAUUUUUAUGUUUGUCUGAAAGCGAUCUAUAUACAAGAUCUCUGUAGUGAAGUGGUUAAAGGGACACUAUAGGCACCCAGACAACUUCAUCUCAUUGAAGUGGUCUUGGUGCAGGUUCCCUACCCUCUUAGUCCUGCAAUAAAAAAAACAUUACAGUUUAGAGAAACUGCAAUUGUAGUACUAAGAUUGCCUCUAGUGUUUCUUCCUGGAGUUUCACUGAGUGUGACUCGUCGAAAUGACACUGGACAUCCUCACUCUCUGCAUGAGGAAGUCUAGCAUCAGAAAAGACCACAUAUGAAAGCAUUGCGCAUGGUGCUCGCCGCACAUACGCAUUAGGUCCCACAAUCGGCUGCCAUCUGUGGAGGCGGACUGCGACCCAACUCCAAGGGACAUUGAAAAAAAUGUGUUAACUGACUGCUUAAAAAAACCACGAAGCCAUGAAGAAGCGGCUUCUAAUAUUAAAUGCAUUUACUCUUUUUGAGAAUAAAUUAGUUUUUUGUAAGGGCUAAAACUUGGUUAUAUUUGGUUUUUGUAGCUGUUUUAGUUGUUUUCUAUUUAAAUUAAAUGUAUAAAUAUAAUUGUUACAAAGUUAGGGGUGUGUCUGGCCUGUUCAUAGUUUUUAUUUUUAACCCUUUAAAAACCUCUCCAUAUUUAGUCACCAAAUUGUGACUUCUGUGGUAAGGCUGUGGUUGGAUGCUUGAACAUGGGGUGGGUAUUAUCCCACUGAUUGCCACAUAAAUGAAAAAAAAAAUAUUUAGCAAACUUAAAGUUAGUUUUUCUAAUUUACAAAUACAUUCAGUGUUAUUUAAAGACACCCGAACAUGAAAAAAACACUAUUCAUGUUUAAAAUGCGAUGUGUUCCUUAACUCCUUUAGAUGCCAGGCACCACUCCUAUUAACAUAAAAAUAAUUUGUACUUUUAUUUCUCUCUACUGAGAGACUGGCAGUGGUGACAGUGUCCCUUAGUUGCAGACUUAAAUUGGUGCAAAUGCACAACUCGAAUGCAACGAUGUCCUAAUAGAAUGCGUCACAUAGUAAAGCAUUAGACUAAUGCAUCCCUGCGGAAGCUCUGACAUCCUCUGGAAAGAUUGUACGAUGUGAAUCAGUAAGCUUUCCUAAACCAAUUCAUAAAAGUGACAAUUUAUCUUUAAACGGGGGAAAUCACCCCUAAAGUUUUAUUGCUGGAUUCACUCGUCUAUACCAUAAAUUCAGAACUCCUAAAAAGAAUAAGAAAGGGGUAUAAAAAGGGGUCAGUUCUUUGAAAUAGUACAUGCUGGGACUUUAUUUUUAGUACUUGCAUAGUUUCAGAUUGCCUCUGUUUCUGUCACUAGCAUCUCAGAAGUGGAAAUUCAUUUAGAAACUGAAAUAAAUGGAUAUAGACGUUCUUUUGUUUUGAGCUGUGACUUUCAUAACUUCCUCUUUAGUGAUUUAGAGGAUAUCAGUAUGUUAAUUUGUUAUCGUUUUUAUAUAGCAGUUGGAAAAAUGGCAAUCCUGUGAUUUAUGGGAGACGUUGCUCUGCAAAUAUGAAAAUAUUUCUGAAUCAUGUGAAUUAUUCCUUUUUGCGUCAUGCAACUUCCCCUUUCACUUUGUCUGUGUAUUGCAUAUUUAAUCAUUUUUGUUUUCCAUUAUCAUUCUUCUUUCCUGUUUUCCAUAAUUCAGUUUCCCUGCUGAUUCUGUGUUUUUUAUUUUUUAUAUUCUUUUUGUCCAGAAACUUCAAGCAAUGGCAAAAGUAGAUAUGAGGCCCGUGGACGGUGUGCAGUGUCCAACAUUUGAAAAGGUGAGCGCAGUAUUAUAUAUAUAUAUACAUAUAUAUAUAUAUAUAUAAUGUAUAUAUCACUGGCUUUUUCAGGCAGUGCACAUGGGUAGCAAGUGCUUUGUAAUACACUCAUGCCACAGUAGCAUCAAUAGCAGAGAAUGCACAACAAGUGGAACAAGAGACUACAAUUUGCAUAAACAUGUGACUUCCAAAAACAAAGCAGGCGGCUGCCAAAUGUUUGAAGGAGUAGUAAACGAUUUAUACUGUGAGAUACAAAUUGUAACGUUCAUGUGAUUUUGACUUGUGAGACUGUAUGUCUGUUUUGAAAAACAAUAACUAGGAAAAGUUUGAGAGUUCACGAGAUAAGAAGAAGAGAGGCAGCACUGAAAGUGAAAGGGAUAUUCCCAAAAAAUAAACACAGAGUUAUUAUUUUAUUUUAUUGCAAGGAAGUCAUACCUGUCUGUGUGUAUUUAAAUACUAUGGUAUUUAUUUUAAUAAUAUUUUAAAUUGAAUUUGUCAGUAUUGAAGGUUCACGUUCAUCCAGGUAAAAAUUUAUUCUGUACAUUGUGCAAAGGAAAUUUUAACGUAUGUUAAGAGUAAAAUAUAUACUUACUGGAAGACUGUUUCUCCAGUGUAAUUCCCUAGGGUGUAUGUGGUGGAUGCAUGAAACAUUGCUGGCCCAGCCACUUUUACCACUUAGCUUCUAAUAAUAAUUUAUAAAACACACACUGGGUUAUUAUCUAAAGUGAGAAUUGUCAAGGAAUUCAAAGGGAAUUUUACAUCUGAGGCCAAACUAGCAGAACUGUAACUAUAGCGGAUUUGAUUUUUCCUGUUCUGCUCUUUUGACCUUAAAUUUAGCAUUCACUGUGAAUUCCCAUAAAUUCUCACUUUCGUGAAUAGCUCUGUAAAUGUCUUGGUACAAAACUGCGUGGCUGCCAAUGGCAGGGUAAUGAUGGCACUGCCAGUCCGUACCACUCGGUGGAUGCAGGGUAGCCUAUGCUGGAGACAUUGGCAUGGCAAUACAUAGUUCAGCAAGGUAUUGUAGAGGGGGUAUCCCUAGCUUUAAGCUGUUCAUGUUUACUUAAGACCUUUAAAGGGACACUCCACUGCUCAAACACAAAAUAAAUAAAAAUCAAUGUUUACUAGAUAUACCCCAAAUGAAAACUUACAUGCAUUUAUUUAUGCAUUGUUUUUAUUGAAGGUAUAUCUAAAAUCAGCUUGCAAAACCUUUUGUCUGUUGCCUUUGCAAGCCCUCCCCUUCUAACCCCGCCAAGACUUUCUGUGGCUGUCCAAUCACAGACUUCCCAAUGCAGCUCAAUGAUAAGUCUACACAAGGCAGGUGCUCUGAGAAAUUGCUGACUCUUGAGUUUAGCUCAACUGAACUAAACAAAUCAGAAAGUAACAGGACCUGCUGCCUGAUUGAAAGACAAGGGGAUGUAACCAGGUUAAUUUAUAAAAGUGUAAAUUUCUAUUGAAAUCUGCACUUUUUCCAAAUUGAAAAAAAAGGAAACCCUCUUCACACAGAAAGCUAAAGAACUUAAGGUGUCUGGAGUGUUCCUUUAAUUUUAUUGUGAAUCAAAAUGUGCAUUUUUUCAAUGACAAAAGUGUGAUUUCUAUAGAAAUCUCCACUUUUAUAAAUAACUGUUGUAAUACCUCCCGGGUGUCAAUCGGCUUCCUGUUAAUACUUACUAUAGUUUCUGGAGAAUUAAGUCAUUUUAUAAAAUUAUGUGCAAUUUUUUUCCUGCCUGUGUAAGAGUCUCAUGAUGAAUUUAGUGUUUAAAUUGUAGAAUGAAGCUUUGGCACAUUACAGUAACCAUCCCUUCUUGUUAAAUUAGGACUGAUUUCAUAAGAAGUUGAAAUUCCUGUAAAUACUUAAGACUGGCAGUACAUUCCAAAUGAGAAACCUGAAUAUUGUUGAUGGCCAAAUACUUAGUUUGCGGGUAAAUUCACCAACUAAUGUGUUUUUGGGAAAUGUAAAUCAAAAUUUUCGACUUGCAGAAUUUGUCCAAAAUGCCUGUUUUGUCCUUAGGUUUGCAGUGCCAGUUUAAUAAAUUAAAUGAUACAGUAGCAGCGGAAUAAGUCCCCCUAAUAUUCCGUGUUACUUUUGAAUAGGUUUUUUUAUUUUGAUGUAAGACUUUUUUUUUCUUUUAGAGUGGACAAUGGUAAAAUCCCUGUAUUUUACUAAAACGCAGUAUUUGCAAAACUGAGUGGAGGUUGUAUAUGCACACUAUCAGGGUUAUUCACUAAUAUGAGAUGAGUUUUCAAAGUUAAUUCCAAGUGAAUUUCGAAUUUAGGCUAGAGUAGCUGUAUGGAAAGCAUAGGUGACUUAGAUAUUUUUUCCAGUUUGGCUUCUUUAACCUAGAAUUCUCAAUCCUUGACUAUAUUAUUCUAUUGAGAUGCAUUUUAAAGGUUACAGAUUACCAUAGGCGUGCACAGCAUGCUUCAUUAGGGUGUGUGCCCUCAGCUGAAUAUUUAUUAAAGGAGCAUUCAAAAAAACUCAAGUACUAUAGUCCUCUGUAGUGGUUAUGGUGCCAGAUGUUUUCCCAGUGUAAUUUGUCGUAUCAUUUUAGAACAAUUUAACAAGUUAACUGUGUCCCAUCGGGUACCUGCACCUGCAGACUAUUCUUCUGAUUUCCCCUUAAAAGACGUUAUUUAGCUCUAUGAAAACAUAUAAACAUAUGGCAUUUCUGCAGGAGAAGACCAGGUGUGCAGUGUCUGGGAGUCACUUGAAAAGAGUCCAAUUACCAAAACAGUGAGGUUUGUGUGCAAAGACUGCGUAGGAAAUGAAAUGUUUUUUGUGUGUGAGUGUGGUGACUGUAAGUGUGAUAGCUGUGUGUGGUGCAUAUGAAAGAAAAAUAGGCAAGAAAAUCCCCCGAACAUAGGUUAGAGAACUAGUGACUAGCAAAUAGAGCUUAUUUUCGGGAUAGGGCUUAGAUUACGAGCAUCCCCUGAAAAUAAACAAUGGCUUAUUUUCGAUGGUUGUCUUAUUUUUAGGGAAAAGGUGUAGAUACUGUCUUAAAACAUUCUUAAAAAAUGAAUGUUCCUCUUUUGCAGCAAAUUCCUGGGUUAUAAUCCUGCUACUAAUGCUCAUGGUAUUACUCAGGAUUUGCUGAAAUCUCUCAGUGAAUCCUGGACCUGCCAUAGUCUAUUGUUGUAGAAAUUUACACAACAGGGUCUACACACUUCCAUAAAUCCUAAUACAGUUUUCAUUGGUGAAACCAUGAACCCAUGGUGGCAAAACCCCUUUACAGAUUCAGUGUAUAAAUAACAGAUAUGAACACUCCAAAUGGGAAAUUGUAGUGUUUACUCAAAGUCAUACAACAUGAUGAUGACGUUUCAACCACACCAUGUGGCGUUUGGUAUAUCUGUUUAAGACCAUGGUGUGGUUGAAAUGUCAUCAUCAUGUUUCUAACUUUGAUUAAAGACGACAAAUUCCUAUUUGCAGUCUCGUAUCCUUUAAUUUACACAGAAUUUUAUUGGAACAUUACUAAGCAUGCAUGAGUAAAGGAUGUAACUUGUGCAUGCAUAAUCAUUUCUCAUGAACUUCAUUGGAAAAUGCAUGUAAAAAUGAUUGCAGUUUCUCCUUUAUUUGAAAAAACUUAAUAACAAAGAUCACUUUGCAAAACAGAAGGGCGGCUGCUGCUAUUUGAAAAUUUGUCUAUUUAGAUCCGGGAAAAAUUGUUGCACAUUCAAUCGCUCCUUUGGGUUAUAUUACAAGGACCUGCGCACUCUUACUCUUUACAUCUGAAAUGUGGCUUUUAUUAGAUAUUCGGCACCAAUGCCAGUAAUAUCCUGCAUUUGAUAAAAUGGCUUGCACCUUAAAAGAUAAAUGCCAGUUUAUUCUUAGAUUUUCUUGGGUGGGUGGGUGCUCUGCGUGUGACUUCUGGUUGUGCUAUGGCAUUGUGUUUUUCCACCAUUUACUUCUUUCAUCUUCUAUUAAUUUAUUUCGAGGUGAGGAGUCGCUGGGCGCUACCUUACCCAAUGGGGUUAAAUAGUGUUUGAAUGAUUUAACCCUGAUGUUGGAUCCUCUUAGCACUGCGGUUGCUGCACUUCUUCCAAAUCGUCUGCUUGGAUGGCUGUGACUGGCUACCCAUUGAGAGUUACAGUAUGUUACAGACCAUAAAAAAAUAAAAAAAUAUACCAGAAUGAGAGGCUCCUGCUUGAUGAAGCCUCUUCUGGUCAAGGAGAAGUUCUACUGCUUGCUUAUUUUGCUUCUUUGUCUGUGCAUGUACAUAGCUAAGACACUGUACAGGAAAACAGUCACGUAGGCCAAUCAUAACUCAACUCAUAAAUCAAGAAGAGGAAAUCCAUGGAACACAGAGGAUGGAUAUCUUGCCGUUACUGCUGUUUGACUUGCGCACUGGCAGUUUCAAAAAUUGUUUGCAGAAGUGCAACUCUGAAGAAAAAGGAGUUUUAAAAGGAUUCUACGCAUUAGAAAAUGUCAUGGUUUACUACCACCCAACACGUAGAAAGUAGGUCAGAAGAGACUAAGGUAAUUCAAUAUAGCAAUAGAAGCGUAUCACCUGAGUAGCUUAGGGUAAUCGGGCUGAAAGGAAACUCGUAGUCACUUACCAUGGCCUCUGUUUCCCCGCCAUGAUCACUUCAACGAGGUCAAACCCUUGCUCCUCCAUGGUCCACUAGUGCUCCUCCUCCAGUGAUCACUGAUUUGCCCUGCUUGAGGACACCUCCCCAAGUUGGACAAACCUCCUCAGACUCCUCAAACUUCAUUGCCAGCGUGCCAGCGUCUGAACACUUUGUUCCUCUACCCCCUAGUUUAUAGCACCAUGUAUAGAUGGAAUUGUAUGUUAUUUUUAAAGAGCUAAAGGUGCCCUUUAACACAAUGAGAAUAACUGUGAACAAGCCAAAGUCAGAGAGAUAGAUAGAAAUGUAUUCAAUUAAACAAGCCAAAGAUCAGGCACAGAAUGGAGAAUGGCCCAUAAACAAGAUAGCCAAAAACAUAAACCAGAUAUAACAAACUUUCAGAUCACCACAGAGGGAAAAUCAUGCCAGGGGCAGUCCUCAAAGUGGAAUGAGCUAAUAUAGCCCUAGGAAGCUUCUGAUAGGUUGGCAUCAUUCUGGCGCACCAAGUGGUGAAUGCUCAGAGUCACCUUGAUGGCGUCAUCAUGUACACAUCACUAAUACUGCACUAAUAACAAGGGUCUGGAGAAAAAAAAAACACAUAGAAGUGGAGCGUCCAGCAUCCGAACGAACAUUAGGUCGACGCAAGUCACUAGAUGGUGUGAACAGAGAGCACAUAGAGAAAUGUUGCACCAGAGCAGCACAAAGGAUAAUACGCCCUACGUGCUGACAGAAAAAGAGAAGUGCGUUUCAACCUGGAGCGUCCCUUUACAGGGUUACCCCUACCUGUUUUCAAAUAUAUAUAUAUAUAUAUAUAUAUAUUUAUUUAUUUUUUUAAUAUAUAUAAUGACCGAUAUGUAGAUCCUGAUAAAGAGCAUGAUGACAACGGACACAAUUUUUGCACAGUACUCCUACUCAACGUAUGCUAGACGAGUGACUACACCCUGGCACAAGUACAUAGAUUACUCUGUAUAGGAGGCAUUUCAACCUGAAAAGCUGCGCGUAUAGACGGCUUGCACCAAAACCACUUUAAAAGCAGAAGUGGUCAUGGUGGAUGGGUCAACCAUUUCAGUUUUGGAACAAGUGCGUUAAACAGUUUGAUUCCCCUAGUGAUUAAAAAAGUGCGGUAUAUAAAAAUAGGUUGUAGUUUCCUUUUUACAUAAUGAGUUCAGUUCAUUUCCAUAAAUACUGUUCCUGGUUCUAACUUACUUCUUCAGUAAGCUCUCAAGGUGAACGAGGAAGAAACUAUCUUAUUUGAGAGCUGGGAGGUGUUGCUAAGGAGGGUUAUAAAAGUGACAGUUUCUUUUUAAGUUGCUACUUUUCUAAAAUAAGGCUACAAGGACACUCUUCUGUUGAGCAAGCUAAGUGCCUUAGAAAUAUGUGUUGUCUCUUUAAAUUAUCCUGAGAUAAUGAUUGUGAUAUUAACAAUUCACCCAAACAUCUUUUCUAGUCAAAUGGUUGAAUUUAAUGGACUUUAGUCUUUUUUUCAACCAAUAUUACUAUGUAACUAAGUAAAUGGAUGUUUCGCUGACAUUUCUAUCAUGUAAAUACUCGCUUGUCAUACUGAAAAACAGAAAUCUAAACUUUCUGCAGCAAUAAAGUAAAAAUGGCUAAUAUAUCAGAAAAUGGCUCUAGCAAUACUACAUGAAAUCUAUUGUACGCUAACAUUUUGUAUACAGAAAAAUACGAUUUGGAAUGACAAGGUCUGGAAUGGAAUGCCCCGAAUGCAUUCUAACAGCCAUGAGCAAUACUUAAAGAUAAUAUCUUUAUGGAUAGAAAGAAGCGAACCUUUACACAGUCAAUAGAACUAGCAGAAAAGGUGAUACAAAUUCCAUCUAUCAAUAGCAUGAAGGUCACUUUUGAAAUCAGGAUUCUUGAGAAGUUUUGCCAUUGCUAAGACAGAUGACCAGACCAAAACACUAAAAUGUUCAGAGAAACACAGAAAUGAGACUACGGAACAAAUGCUGAAGAUGCUUUAUCCCUAAUACGUUUAUAUUCUGCAGAUCAGGGUAACUCCCAAAGCAAACAUACACAUUAGAGUCAGGUUUGCUGCGACAUGCCAAUGUAACACAUGGUGUAUGCUCUAGUUAUCAUCUCUGUGUAAAAGAGAUUCUUGCAUUUUCGUUUAUUUUUUUUAAUUUUUUUUACUAUUUGUUUUUUUUGCAUGGCAUUGCAGAAGAAAGGCUAAAUGGGCAAAACACCUCUUGGGACUUCAAAAGCUGCAUCAUAGGAUUUUUUUUGUUAUUUUUUGUAUUAUUUUCAUGUUUACUAAUUUACUAUAGCAAAUGUAUUGUUUGUCAUGCUAAAAGGCACGUGGUGCAUCCAUUCCAGAAACAGAGCAGGUACACCCCAAACAGUCCUGUUGCAAUUCGUACCAGGGGAGGGCUUCUUACCGUGUAAUUAUGAUACCUGUUUUUUUUAUUUGAGCAUAGCAAUAUUACACAAUUACCUGUCUUUUGAUUUUUAUGGAAUUAAAUGAUAUGAGGAAGUGUUGAAGAUGUUGUAGUUAGUUGAGAAUUUGUUGAAGUUUUAACAGCAACACAAUAUACAGAUUUAAAGGGGCAGCACCACCUAAUUAAUGGAUAAGUAGUUCACUUUAGAGCUAGGAUAAGAGCUUCUAAGAAAGUAAGUGCUAACUUGUUAACAUUGUAUUCAUAAGGAUUUAAAGGAGCAUUAUGAAUAAACACCUUAUAAUAUACGAACGUUAGUGAAAGUCCUCCCCAUUUCUCCACAAAAAAACAAACAAACAGUUAAAUGAAAGGUUAAGUUUGGAAAGUCGGUCCCAUUCUAUUUCAUAGUAGGUGCAGCUUGAGCACGUUUAAACACGCACUCAAGCUGCACUUUACAAGAGUCACUGGGUGCAGAGACAACACCAAAAAUAUAGAGAAUUUAGAAAAGAGGAGCUUUAUAAUAGAAAAGAGAGACUGUAGAAUUUGGUCUCAAGUUAGGGACUCUCCAUUGUAAACUGGGUCACUUGUUAGGUAUGUGUAUUGCUCAGUGAAUUCCCAGACAAUCUCCAGGUGGCAACUCACAGCAGCUACAUCAGAUCGAUACCUCUAUAAUAAAUUGCAAAUAUGCUGAUUUUGUUGCAGUAUAGGAAGAGUUAACACAAUAGAUAUUCUGAUUUCAUAUUAAAAUAAUGGUUUAUUACUGCUUUUGGCUUGUAGGUAAAACCAAUUGCAAAUAUCAAGGGCUCGAUAGAGGAUAAACAUUAUUCAUUGCAUUUCUUGCCAUGUGUAACUGUUUACUUAGAUGUGAAAUGUGGCUAUAAACUCCAUUUGCUGUGGACUAAGAAUAGCAGAACUUAGUAAUACAACAUACUUUAUUAGUAAAUGAUCUCAAAGUGUGAGUUAGUGAACCAUAAUUAUUCAUCUCUUCAAUUUCAUUCUCCUGAAUGCAAGCUAUAAAGUAGGCUUCACGUGGAGGUUUCUUUAUGUUUUAUUUCUGAAAAAAUUGAAGCAGGUUUGUGAGCAGCUGUGCUUGCUCUGCGAAAUUUCAUUCUGGUACUGUGUGUUCUAUCUGGGUACAUUAUAUUUAACACGUUCUAUGGUGAAUGGUAUUCUUUAAGAGACUUUAAAUGGGAGCUAAUCUCUAAUCCUAAAAACAAAAACCAUGAAAGGGACACCAUAACAAGUUGCAUACCUCCAAGUGAUGUCUCAAUUUUGGGCCUAAAUUCCUCUGUUGCUCUUUUUAGGAACUUCAUAUUGUUUAAGUGGCGUAGUGUGUAACAGAGCUCCACCGCAAUGAAACACACAGUAAUGUGUCUUUAAACUACAAUACAUGUGUUUACAAAUCAGUAUGUAUUAAUAAGAUACAUAAUUUGUGUUAUACGUUUUAGUUACAUAAAUUAUUACUAUUUCACCUAAAAUUUAUCAGACCAGCCCCGUCCUUGUCACACCCCCUCACACAUCCCUUAAUUUAAAGAGUCCCUCUUUGUCCAUUUCAAAUGUUAACAGUUAGGAAGCUGUGCUCCAUGUAUAAGUUGUUAUGGUGCAAGGAGGUCCCUUGUUCUUUUCUCCCUACACACAGUAGCAUAUAACUACAGUGAAGUGGGAAAUGUGAUUGUUCUGUAAGCCUACCCCUCUCUCAGUGUACUCACAGGAGAAAGCUAAUGAUUCCUCUGUGCCUAUUCAAGUACUUGUACUGUGUGCUCAGGCUAUACAUGUCCCUUUCAGCAUAGUAUUUUUUUUUUAAAAUUCUUUAUUUUUACGUGCAUGAGUUAAUUUAAAGGACCACUAUAGUGCCCUGAGGGUGCCCCCACCCUCAGGGUCCCACUCCCGUGGCGCUGAAGGGGUUAAUGCCUUACCUUUUUUCCAGCGCCGGGCUCCCUCAGCGCUGGGACUCUCCUCCCUCUUCUGAUGUCCCUGGCUGAAUGCGCAUGCGCGGCAAGAGCCGGGCGCGCAUUCAGCCAGUCCAUAGGAAAGCAUUCUCAAUGCUUUCCUAUAGACGUUGGAGUCUUCUCACUGUGAAAAUCACAGUGGGAAGCGCGGAAGCGCCUCUAGCGGCUGUCAAUGAGACAGCCACUAGAGGCCGGAUUAACCCAUAGGUAACCAUAGCAGUUUCUCUGAAACUGCUAUGUUUACAGCAAAAAGGAUUAAACCUAGCUGGACCUGGCACCCAGACCACUGCAUUAAGCUGAAGUGGUCUGGGUGCCUAUAGUUGUCCUUUAACAAGCAUUCAUGUCAUGCCCCAACAGCAGGAACAUGUAUUGAAAUAAGCAAAGUAUAACAGUUGUGGCAUAGAAAAUCGGUGCACAUUUUUGUAUAAGGGUUAUCGAGAGAAAACAAGAUGAUAGUCGGUGGUGUGAAAACAUAUCAGUUGAUAAACAUAUUAGGCUAUUCCGGCUGACUACAUGAGUGUAGCUUGCGAGAUUAAACGAGUGUUGUGCAUGUGGUCAUGAUGGUCAUGCUAAGAUAUGAGUAACAAUCAAUUCUGGUUGAGCAAGCUGGAAACUAGGCCCACAUGACAAGAGGGUAGUUAAAGGCAAGGAACACAUUUUAAAGAAGUCAUCUUGACCUAUAAUAAGACAAUCUUACAUGGUUACAAGAGGAGAGGUUCCGCUGGGACUAUCAGGAUAGCCAUAUCUUUGCACCGCAUAGGGUAUUACCAUGCUGGUUGAUAUUAAGUAGGUGCAAACUAAACAGGCUAGACUUACUGAUUAUAAUUCUUGGUAAUAAAGUAAAAUAAUGACAUGAAAACAAACUUAACGGGCUAAUUCUCGUAGGUGUGGUAUAGUACAGGAGUCCCUCGCAGUGUAAGUGUGGGUGAUUCUUAUGUCGGUAAGUUCACCUUGCCCCGCAGCGUCUGGGAACUCAGUGAGCCCUCAUCCGAUUCACAGCUUGGGCGGAGAUGUCAGAGCUCUCAGUAUGUGUAUAAACAGGCUUAACAGAACUGAUGGGUUCAAGAUAUAAAAUGUGUAAUCAUGAGUAAGCCUACAGUAUGUAUGCUAAAUUAUCCUGCCUAGAGUGUAGGGAGGCUUUGGGAUGCUGAAGCCUGGGUGAAGUUAUCUUAAGCAGAGUGAGAGAGUGUCAGGCAACCAGCCCAGUGUGCUGGCUAAACAGGCAAUGUAUUUAUAAUUUUAGUGUCUCUAGACAGGUAGCAAGGGAAUGUAGUCUUUUCCGGCGUCAUCUAGGAUACCGCAUAGAAAGACAGUCCUGUAUAAGAUACCUGUGGGCUGUGGGAGAUCAAACUAGCCCCUCUGGUGAAAGCUCCGGUCUAUCAGCCAAUGCCCCUGCGGUUUUUGCUGUUUGCAUGUGUAUUGAGUCAAUUUUUAGGUGUAGUGUAGCGCUGUGGAGGCGGGGAGCCCCUCCAACUCUGGGGUUGCUGAUGAGCCGGUGCUCUGUUUCUGUGUGCUUGGGUUCUUGUGAGGUCCCGUGGCUCUCUGGAGGUGGUGGCGCGGUGGGCGCUGCUUGUUGCUCAUGUGGUACUCCAUUUGCUUUCUGUAGUCUUCAGCAUGUGUGGCUGAUGCUUGCGGGUUGGCUUGUGGCUAUGUAGGGCUGCAGUCCGGUGUUUCGGCUGCUGCUUUGUUUUCAUCUGCCUACGUUGGUGGCGUGCUGGGGUCGCACCCCGUGUGGCUCUCGCCCCAGGUGGACCAACUGUGCAAUACUUUUGAGCUUCGUGGUGAGCUUUGCCUGGUUGGGUCUUCACCAUCUGCAUCCUGGUCCGGUGCCAGUUAGGGUGUGAAGUUCUGUCUGAUUGGCGUGCUGUGGGUGCUUUUGCCGUGGUGUUGGCCGUUGGUGGCUUUAGAGGCUGGUGCCUGUCCUCCAAACUUGCCCAGAAGCGCUCGCAUAUAGCAUCAUAUUUUGCCUGAAGGGCCGUUGCUCAGUCGCUGGGGGUUUGUCACUUUGUGUGAGUAUCUAUGCCAUCCGCCAUCUUGUUCUGGCCUCAUCUUUCCCACUUAUCGGCUUUACUCUGUAGGUGAGUACUGUGGUGUAUCCUGGUUUUGUGCUGCCCUAGGCUUGCUUCCUCUCAGCUCCCCGGCCAGCCCCCCCACCCCCACCACCCCACCAGCAUAGUAUUGUACAUUUUAAAGGAACCCAACCUUCAGCCACAUGAUCAUGAUUAACAGAACCAGUCUUUUAUAUUUUUUAAUAUUCAAAAUAUCAGUGACUGGGGGGUUGAACUGCAUAUACCACAAACCACUGUUAGAUAUGAAAUAAGAUUGGACCAGAAUGAAAGGUUCAGGAAAGGACUGUUUCGGCUUACCUGUUGCUUGACAGCAGUAGGAACGUUGAAGAAGGUUACCUUUUUUCAUUUAAUUUUUAUGUAUUUAAAAAAAAAAAAUUAUGAAGCACAACUAAAGCAAGACAGAUAGACUAUGUUUAUCUUCAUAAUGGAAACACUAUGUUCAUAUCAGAUUAUCUCUAAAAAUAUAUUUAUUUAUUUUUCUUGCUUACAUUCUUUAUCUUUAACCUUUUCUUGAGUUUUCAAGUAAAUAUUAGUUGGAACAAACGAAAAUCUGUUUGGUAAUUGUUUGGCUCCGUAACAUUGUGGACGUCAAACCAGUUACUUUUUCAUUAUAUAUAUAUGUAUAUAGAUAUGUGUGUGUUAUCUCCUGAUACAUUGUAUGUAACCUUCAGAAGGAUAUUUUCUUUUGUGUGUUUGUGUUUGAAUGUGUGUACAGAGAGAGGAUACAUAACAGUGAAGUGUGUUAUAUGGGGAAAUAAUGUCAUUGCGUCAUUCAGGUGACAUCAUAAAAAACACAUCUGGUGCCUCAAGAACCCUGGGGGCAUUAUUUCCUAUAUUGCAGACUUCAGUGUUAUGUAUUUAUAGUAAAUGUAUUUAAAAAAACAAAAAACUUUUUUGGCUAGGGUUAGAACUGGGAUCACUUGUCCUAACCUCCUAAGAUUGAGGAAUUUUAAAGGAACAAAAUAGGGGCAGGAACACAAAUGCCUAUUCCUGACCCUAUAGUGUUAAAAAUGCAAUUUGGUUCCCUUGGGAACUCGUUGCUCCCCAAAUAUAAUAAAAUCUUACUUUCCAGUCUGCUGCUGCUGGCUCUGCCCCUGAUCUGCCUGCUUGACUGACAUCAUCAGAAGUAAUGAUCUGAACCAAUCACAAUGCUUUCUCAUAGGAAGGCACUGGAUUGGCUUCAGAUUGUCAAGGAGGCAAAACAGGGGCAGAGUCAGCACAAGCCAAACACAGUGGUGAGCUCCAUAAAUGAUCCCGACUCCAAUGCAUUUUUACAUUGAUGAAAUAAAGUUUUACAUUAUUUUAUUGUAUAGCUUUCAGGCAAAAGAUACCCACACCACACCUUUAACAUCCUUUUUAUAAGACUGCAUUGCAACUUAAUUUUGUGGAAAAAGCCCUGGCAAUCAGCAUCUCCUCAUAGAAAUGAAUUGAAUCAAUGUAUCUAUUUGAGGAAAGUUCAGUAUCUCCAUGCAGAGGGUGGAGUCAUUGAAUGGCAAAGCAGCACAAUGUGCAGCACUGCCACUGGAAGCACCUCUAGUAGCCAUAUGAGGAGUUGCCAGUGGAGGUUUCCCUAGGCUGUGAUGUAACCACUGUAUUUUCUCUGAAAAUACAGUGUUUACUGAAAAAAGUCUUAAGGGAAUAAUUAUACUCACCAGAACAAUUACAACGAGCAGUAAUUGUUCUGGUAACUAUAGUGUCCCUUUAAGUUCUCAGUCAGUAACAUUUCUUUGUUAUUGCUUUACUUAUAUCAGCCUUUUUCCAGUUACUCAUAUGCAGCAAGAGAAACUGCGGAGACAGAGGAAAAAGUAAUUAUUUCUCCUCAACUUCCAAUCCAACACAUAAUUUACAGGAAAGUGACUGAAUUAGUGACAGCUUUGAAUGGCAGCUGCAGCGCUGGAGAUUAAAGUAUUACUCCAACUACCAUCACCACUACAGUCUGUCGUAGUGGUUAUGAUGGUAGAAGUACGCCGAUACCAUUACCUGGUAAUGUCAUUGGGGUGUCAGAGUUCCGAGCUGGCUAAUGUCAAUUCUGUGCAAAUUUCAGUGCACACAUUACAUUGACUGAGAGCUCUGCUUCAGUGGGAACCUGGCACCCCGCAGAACAAACCUGGUCCUGCUAUGUGCGGAGUCUCCACUGAAGCAUAGCUGCAGUAGCUGUAUGCAGAUCCUUCCACUGAUUCAUUGUCUGAGAGCAUCAUCUUACAGCUCUCAGCCAAUGCAUUAGAUUCUGUGCAUCAAAAUUUGCACAGAAUUGACAUUAGCCUGAUGUCACCCCAAUGACGCAGCCGGAGUUGAAGUUACAACUCAUGCAGCAGAGAGGUUAAACUCGUUAUGUGCAAAGCGAAAUGCUGUACAUACAGACUCUAGGCACCAUGACCACUUCAAAUCACCAAAGUAGUCCUUACACCUGGAGUAACCCUUUAAUAUCCUCUAAUUUCAUGUGGACCAGGACAAAUAUGUCCUGGUGUUACCGUGACAUUAUGGGCUCACAAUGAAUGGUGAUACUGUAAAAUAUCAUACCCUCUGAUUGUUUAAACCAUUUCAUAAGACAUUUGAGAAGUCUGUUUAGCAAGAGCAAAAUAAGGAAGAGAACACAUGGUUUGCUAUUUGGAAAUCUCCCUGUUCCCAUAAUAUGUAUUUUCUCUGCAAUCUUAUUUCUCUCGUGAAUAACCCUACUAGUGCUUAUUUGAGACUUUCAGUAUCCUUUGCCAGUCACAGGAUUUGGACUGCAGAAUAAAUAAAUAAAUCUACAUAUGAAAUAUGUGUCUAAUAAUUAACUAUAUAAGAGGAGGUGCAGCAGUACCAAUGUAGGUAAAAACCUCUAACCUAUAUAAACAUAGUAAAACAGAAUAAAAACGGACUGCGCUAUCUAUAAACUAUAGAAACUCUCUAUACAUCUUUGGCAUUCAUCUUAUGUGGAGUUCUGUGAAGUUCAUCUUAUAUGGAGUUCUGUGGAGUUCAUCUUAUGUGGAGUUCUGUGGAGUUCAUCUUAUGUGGAGUUCUGUGGAGUUCAUCGUAUAUGGAGUUCUGUGGAGUUCAUCUUAUGUGGAGUUCUGUGGAGUACAUCUUAUGUGGAGUUCAUCUUAUAACAUGUAAAAAGUACCAUGUAAUAUAGUAUAGUAUAGUAUAUAGUAUAGUAUUAAAAUAUGAUAGAUUCAUUUGAAUAGAUGAUGAUGGGAGAAAACAGGUAUAUAUUAUAUAUAUAUGGGAAGGCCUGUAGAUGGAGCCUGAAGUUGUGGGAGGUGUUACCCGAUCUAUAAAUACAUAGGCCUCCCCUUCCUCUGAACUGACUCUUCCUGGUUCAGCCCAACCACCACUCCCUUUAUCAAGCCAUUCAAUUUUGGUGGGCCCUCUUUUUACAGGCCUACUCGAAUGUCGGUUUCGGCAUACCAUAACCGACUUACACCACCACUACCAUAACUCAGCUUAUUGUCCCUGACCUGAUAUAUAUAUAUAUAUAUAUAUAUAUAUAGUAAAAUAUUGUAAGUUAUUUUAAAUUCUAGCAAUAAAGUAGCUGAAAGUAGACUCUCACACGUUCUUAACAGUUUACCAGCACAUCCCUCACAUAAGGGAGUUUAAAAUUAGGUCCCCUAUGCACUUAAAAUUCCCUUAUGGGAAGGAUGUGCAGAUAAAAUGUUUAGCAAAUAUGAGAGUGCACUUUUAGCUACUUUAUUGCUAGAAUAGUUUUUCCCUCUUAUGUUUUUUUCUCCUCUUAAUUCCAUUUAUUCAAACUAGAAUAAAUAAUCUUUUAAUAGUAUAUUAUAUAUAGUGCUUUUGACAUAUAAAAACUCCAUAGAUGUAUAGAUGAAAUCUGUCCUGCAUAUGGAUCCGGCAUUGCUGUCAUAUUUGUAUGAUCAGUGAUAGGAGAAGCACCCAGCUGGACUUUCAUAUGGUAGGACCAUCACCAAUCGAAAACAUUUUGAUGCUUGAUUACUGCAUUUUGAUUUGGUACUGACCUAAUACAGUCCGUUCCUCCAUUGAUGGAAGAGAUGAGGAUUUAGCCCCAUUUUCUCCAAAUUACAGGUUAUCGAUGAUAAAAGUGAAUUCCUCACCAAUCCUACAGCCUUGUUAUGAACACACCUCCCACAAUUGUAUCCCUUUAAAGUAUCCACUAACCAUGUAAAAUAUUAGGAGUAUAUAGGACACCCUAUAUAAUUACUCCCCAUUACUUAAAACGUUAUAACACGACAUUAGUGGAUGGAACAAACCUCACGUCUCCUGGUAUGGCCAGGUUAAUAUCUGAAAAAAUGAAUGCCCUUACUUUUCUUUUCCUUUUAUUUCAAGUGCUCUCCAGCCAUAUUCCUUAAUCCUUUUUUUUUAGUUCCCUUUGACAGCUAUUUACAGGCUUUAUUUGGUUUGGCAGAAGGCCCAGACUGUCAUUUGACAUGCUUGCUAGACCUAAAGACGGAGGAUUGAGUCUUACUGAUAUUUAUAUAUAUUUCUUGUCCUUAGUCUUCUCCCGACUAAUCGCCUGGAACUCAAGAGACAUGAAUAAAUUAUGCUUAACUCUAGAACAAGACUGGGUUACAUUGCCCUUGGAAUCUCUACUGUGGUAGAGAUGUUCCUUGUCUUCCUUCUACCCAAAACCACCUUCACUUACACCGACAUAUAUUUUUUGGGCACUGCUAACAUACCCAAUACUUACCCCACUCUUACAGUGCUGGUGCAAGGAUUUUUGCCACCCAAGGCAAAGCCUCAUUUUGCCGCCCCCUUUGGCUCCGUCCUUGACUCUGCCUCAUCCUGUAGUGUGUGUGUGUGUAGUGGGAUGAAGUGUACAGAAAGGGAGCUAUGUGCAUGUGCAGCAAUAAAAAAGUAUUUUAGAAUAAGGGAGGUUACGAUAUUUUAUUUUUCCAAAAAGUAUUCAAAAUUGAGUGUGCCACAUUCACAGCCAGUAGUUUGGAUCAAAAUCUUUACAAAAUAUAAACAUUCUGUUGCUGCUUAGAAUGUCCCUUUUUUUUAGGAUAAUCUCUAUAGUGCAUUUAAAAAAAAAAAAACAAAGUGGUAGCUUCACCUUGGUGUAUUUCUUUAGACUAGAGAAAAAUGCAAACAGUUGGGGUUGUGUUGCAUAAGCCAUCAAUUACACAAUCCCAGUAAAGAAGUUUGUGCAUUAAAAGUUACUUAACUGGAGCAUCACCCACUCAUACAUAGAUAUAUAUAUAAGCUUAAAGGACCACUCUAGGCACCCAGACCACUUCAGCUUAAUGAAGUGGUCUGGGUGCCUGGUCCAGCUAGGAUUAACCCAUUUUUUUAUAAACAUAGCAGUUUCAGAGAAACUGCUAUGUUUAUAAAUGGGUUAAUCCUUCCUCAAUGAGACAGCCGCUAGAGGCGCUUGCGUGCUUCUCACUGUGAAAAUCACAGUGAGAACACGCAAGCGUCCAUAGGAAAGCAUUGUAAAUGCUUUCCUAUGCGACCGGCUGAAUGUGCGCGCAGCUCUUGCCGCGCGUGCGCAUUCAGCUGAAUGGGCGGAGAGGAGGAGGAUCGGAAGAGGAGAGAUCCCCGCCCAGCGCUAGAAAAAGGGAGGUUUUUACCCCUUUCCUCUCCCUAGAGCCGGGCGGGAGGGGGACCCUGAGGGUUGGGGCACCCUCAGGGCACUAUAGUGCCAGGAAAACGAGUAUGUUUUCCUGGCACUAUAGUGGUCCUUUAAGUUGGGGGUGGCACUGUUGAUAACAAUUGCAGGGUCCGUUGACUGAAGAUUGGUUAAAUAGUCAUUGCAUCAACUGUACUAGGAAUAAAUAGAUGUUUAACAGACAAAUACUGUGCGGUAAUAUAUAACAUGUCAUAUUUACUUUACCUUCCAAAGAUCAGAUGGUCCUUCCAAAAGUUUGGCUUUCGUGUUACUGUACUCCAGAGCCAAAUGAAGACAUUCAGCACACACACAAAUAAGAUUUCUGGCGCUCACUUAAAUGCUGGUUUCAGAGCAGCGCCUGCGCUCCCCUCUUCUUAGUGCCAAGUGCGGCUUGCCAGUGCCGCGGCACAUGUACCAACACCAUGCGCAGAGGGACAGUCGGCCAUCCUCAGAGCCCUUUGCAAAUGUGCGAACUAGGCCGGCACCUACUUCGCCAAUAGUUGCCGCUGGCCCUGCACUCUUGCCAGUGUCCCACAAACCAACGUUCAGAUCUCUCAUGGCCUCCGAUGAUUCCCCACUAUCACUCAUCAUUAUCUGGCUCCACAGGAACUCUCCACAAAUGAAGGGCCUAUUAAAAAAAACAAAAAACAACAGUUUGGAGGAAACAAUUUGGUGUAGAAUAUAUAGGAUUUUUCUUUAAGUUAGAAUUUUUAAUGGUGGAGCUUUAGUUACCCCAAUACACUAGCAUUUUCAUAAGGCUCAUAAAUCACCUAGUGAUCCGCCCAGCUGUCCAACUGUACUGGUAUUGUUUCACUGGGUAAAAUAUUGUCAAAAUGGGUUGAUUUUUUUCUUCAACUCUUGGCCAGUAAUAUCCCUGGCCAGUUGCAUGACAUUAAACAUGUUUUAUCAAUUAGUCGAUCAAUUCCACUGGAGUACUAACAGCUCCUGGUUAACUUUAUGUCACUUUCCUUUUUUCCAGAAUUCCUCGUGAACUUGGUCUUGGUGCGUAGCUCCACUAUAGGUGCUAAAUUUGCCCCUUCCUAUGCUAGACAUUUUAUGGGGUGUUGGGAGUUGUUUGGGUAGAAUGCUGGGCAAGAAAAUGCAGUGGAGUUCCAUGAUGUCCUCAAUCAGAAUACUUGUAAUUUAAAUUUCAGUGUAUCCUUGAGAUAGUAAAAAUGAAAAUCCAGCGCACUUCCUUAUCCGCUAAACAGCAACUUUGGUGUUAGUUUUUUAAAAACACCUAAACUAGGGAAAAAAUAAUGGGGGUUUAGUUACAUUAUAUGAUCAUACAUUGCAUAAUCCUGCCACAACAUCAAUGUACCCCAUCUUUGGCAGGUCCUACUAUAAAAGCCAAAUGUCUGCUAAAUUAGCUACUUACGUGGGGAAAAAAUUCUAUCUCGAGUUCUCUGCAGUACAAGGCUAAAAUAGGGCCCUGGGAUGAAUUACCUGUGACAGGGAGGGGUGCAAAACCAAGGAGUUGGCUAGACUCCUUAAGAUAGUGUGAGAAUCUACUGUUAAUAGAAAUGAACAAUCAGGCAGUGCAAUAAAUUAAAUGUAUUGUGAACCCACUGCAGGUAAAAUGCUUUUGAAAUGCUCUCAAGAGCUGUUCGGUACAGUCAGGGAGAAAGGUUUCAUAUUCAAUUCUCUAGUAUUGGAUUGCCAAGAGAUGUUUUUAUUGGUUUGUCCAGUAGCCAAGGCUCCUGUGUGGGCGAAAAGCCUUACCCAGACAAAUGGUACGUGGUCCAGGCACUUGGUCAAUAUGUGGUGUAGACUAAGUAGAUUUAAAAAAAAUCAAAAAAUAAACAGUUUUCAAAACAGAUUCUCUUGGUAUGAAAGUUGCAUGCAGUCAAGUGCUGUUGAAGGAGUGCCCAACGCAGUAUUAAACACGUAUGCAGAGCCCAGUAUAAUACAUUUUGAGAUACUUCUUAGAUAUAGCAGUUUUCUGGAUACCUUAUCCAUUUCUUGUCAUAGAAGAAAAUGGAUUGGAGGUUUGCAUGCACAGCAAAACUAUCAGCAGCAUUUGAUCCCGCACCGAGUUUCACUCAAAUCGAAUGGCUGUCAGGUAGAAUUGUGUUUAACCCUGCAAUAUGAACAUCGCAGUUUCCACAAAACUGCAAUGUUGUACAGUGCAGGUUUAGAAUGACAGAACCACUGCACGAAACCACUUUUUUGGGAUGAAGUGGUCUAUGUGCCUUUAUUAGCCCUCCAAUCACGUUUGUGAAAUAGAAAAAUCUUGUCUUCUAAUUCUAUCUUCAAAUCCCCAGUUAGAAUUUCUAAUGGAUAAAAGUUGCAGCUUUUCUGCAUGAAGAGCAAAUAAAAAACAUACAAUACGCUGCCCAGAGUUGCUUCUCAUGAUAAAUUGCUUGUAAAAGCUGGCAACAUAAAGAGGGCAAUUAUAUAUAUGGCAGUCAAAUACGUAUCUGCUGUUACAAUAAUUUCAAUAACGUUUAAAUCUACUGUUACAGACAAAUUUUACAAAAUCAACGGAAAUGUUAACUGCAAUAGCAAAUCUUUUAUUUAUUUAUUUACAAAAACAAUAUGUUUGUAGGAUGAAAAGACCGUUAAAAAAACAUAAUGAGAGAAAAUAAAAUAUUACGUUGAAUUACAAUUCUGAAACAAAUUCCCUCCAGGGGCUCCAAUUAAAUAUAUAUGGAAGGGGUGGGUAUGCCAUUGUAGUUAAGUUCAUCCCCCCCUAGGUGUCUAGGGUACCUCUUAAGCACCCCCAUCCAAAUAAAGGUAUCCUACCUCCAACCGACCCACCCUAUUAUAAUAGUAAGGGGGGCAAUAAAACUAGAACCCAUUACAAAAAAAAAUGAAAACAAAAAUCUAUAUGUAUGUUUAUUAUGUAUACUUACCAUUAGACUUCUUUUUAUAUCUUGCUUUCUUCAUCCCCCCAAAAAGGCCAAUUAUCCUGUAUACAAAAAGCAGUUUAUAUUCAAUUAUUGUAUAUAUUUUAAAAAAAUGUAUUUCCUUGGUGAUAGGUUUACACCUUUUCUUUAUUUCUGCAUGCGAGGGUUUAUUGCCUUACCAUAUUUAAUUGGAUUCCUCCCCAUCCUGUUUUGUAGGGGGGAUAACUGUUCGACAAGAGUAUAGUUGUUUAUGAGUAAGUUUGAUUUAAAAGGGCGAAAUGCAUCAGUUCCGAUGUGGCGUAGUUAUUGCAGUGUAUAUUUAAAUAAAGAGGCUUGUGGCAGCCAGUGUUUCAACCUUCCACUCUGUGCUUUAUAUCAUUCGGUAUGCGGAACCAAUACCGGAGGCACCCAUGGGUAAGCCUGGCAAAUGGAAUUACUUUGGACUUUAUUAAAAACCCAUCUGCAGUCAGAGUGUUUGCUACUUGGGAGGUAAAAUUAUGGAAGGAUGGCUAUGGUGAAUUUUCUCAGUUCUAUUCAUUUCUAAGUUACCUAUUUCCAACUGUUUCGUAAAAAGUUACUUGUCAACUUGCAUUAUUUCCUUGAAGGGUUUUACGUGGAAGAAUAAUAUUUUUUUUUAAGUAGCUUUGUCAUUUUAUAGACAAGACCACUUCCUGUAUUGUGACAGAUACAGCAAUCUUGCUUGUGUGUAGCUAAAGGACGUGACUGUGGUGGAGUGUACAAUAAUGUAUAUUUGCUGACAGUGUCAUGACCUUCUGAUAGCUGUUUGGAUACGCCAUUUAAAGCGAUAAAUAUGCAUUUUACAGGGAGUGCAGAAUUAUUAGGCAAAUGAGUAUUUUGACCACAUCAUCCUCUUUAUGCAUGUUGUCUUAGUCCAAGCUGUAUAGGCUCGAAAGCCUACUACCAAUUAAGCAUAUUAGGUGAUGUGCAUCUCUGUAAUGAGAAGGGGUGUGGUCUAAUGACAUCAACACCCUAUAUCAGGUGUGCAUAAUUAUUAGGCAACUUCCUUUCCUUUAGCAAAAUGGGUCAAAAAAAGGACUUGACAGGCUCAGAAAAGUCAAAAAUAGUGAGAUAUCUUGCAGAGGGAUGCAGCACUCUUAAAAUUGCAAAGCUUCUGAAGCGUGAUCAUCGAACAAUCAAGCGUUUCAUUCAAAAUAGUCAACAGGGUCGCAAGAAGCGUGUGGAAAAACCAAGGCGCAAAAUAACUGCCAUGAACUGAGAAAAGUCAAGCGUGCAGCUGCCACGAUGCCACUUGCCACCAGUUUGGCCAUAUUUCAGAGCUGCAACAUCACUGGAGUGCCCAAAAGCACAAGGUGUGCAAUACUCAGAGACAUGGCCAAGGUAAGAAAGGCUGAAAGGCGACCACCACUGAACAAGACACACAAGCUGAAACGUCAAGACUGGGCCAAGAAAUAUCUCAAGACUGAUUUUUCUAAGGUUUUAUGGACUGAUGAAAUGAGAGUGAGUCUUGAUGGGCCAGAUGGAUGGGCCCGUGGCUGGAUUGGUAAAGGGCAGAGAGCUCCAGUCCGACUCAGACGCCAGCAAGGUGGAGGUGGAGUACUGGUUUGGGCUGGUAUCAUCAAAGAUGAGCUUGUGGGGCCUUUUUGGGUUGAGGAUGGAGUCAAGCUCAACUCCCAGUCCUACUGCCAGUUCCUGGAAGACACCUUCUUCAAGCAGUGGUACAGGAAGAAGUCUGCAUCCUUCAAGAAAAACAUGAUUUUCAUGCAGGACAAUGCUCCAUCACACGCGUCCAAGUACUCCACAGCGUGGCUGGCAAGAAAGGGUAUAAAAAGAAAAUCUAAUGACAUGGCCUCCUUGUUCACCUGAUCUGAACCCCAUUGAGAACCUGUGGUCCAUCAUCAAAUGUGAGAUUUACAAGGAGGGAAAACAGUACACCUCUCUGAACAGUGUCUGGGAGGCUGUGGUUGCUGCUGCACGCAAUGUUGAUGGUGAACAGAUCAAAACAGUGACAGAAUCCAUGGAUGGCAGGCUUUUGAGUGUCCUUGCAAAGAAAGGUGGCUAUAUUGGUCACUGAUUUGUUUUUGUUUUGUUUUUGAAUGUCAGAAAUGUAUAUUUGUGAAUGUUGAGAUGUUAUAUUGGUUUCACUGGUAAUAAUAAAUAAUUGAAAUGGGUAUAUAUUUGUUUUUUGUUAAGUUGCCUAAUAAUUAUGCACAGUAAUAGUCACCUACACACACAGAUAUCCCCCUAACAUAGCUAAAACUAAAAACAAACUAAAACUACUUCCAAAAAUAUUCAGCUUUGAUAUUAAUGAGUUUUUUGGGUUCAUUGAGAACAUGGUUGUUGUUCAAUAAUAAAAUUAAUCCUCAAAAAUACAACUUGCCUAAUAAUUCUGCACUCCCUGUAUGCAUGGCGUGUUAAUUGUUGGAUACAUUGAAAGGUGUUUAAACAAACUUUUUUUUACAUUUUAUUUCCUGCAGUGGGUCAUUCAGAGUAUGUUACUCCCAGAAAGGGGAGUACAUGCAGAAUACAUGUGUCCUCAUUGCUCCCGUAUGAAAUUCAGGCUUCUUAGGGAUCGAGGCAUGCUAUCACUAUAAGGAAAUAUCACUUUUUUCAUCUGUAGAGAUUCUACAGUCAUAUACAAAGCUAUGCAAAUAUUAUGUAGGAUCAAGAGCAGUUUCCAAACUCCAAAACUGGUGUAAUGUCAGAGGGAAAAAUACAGACUUAGGAUUCUCCAAUCCGUUCCAGUAUGACAAGACUAUUGGAGGUAGGGCAGUGUGGUACACAGUGAGAUGUCAUGAUGAUGGUGAUAUUAAAAUGUCCAUCUUAUAUAUGUGCAAAUCUUUCAAGAGAGAAGCAGUCUAGCCAGAGUAAAAUGUUUGCUAGAUUUGUAGAAAUGCAUGAGACAUUUGGGAAAUAAUGUGCAUGAGUUGGGUAUGUGCAUAGAGUUAUAUUCACUAAUCUUGGAUUUGGGGAUAAUUGAUAAGGGGAUUGUACGUUUUCAGGCAAAGUAAUCAAAAUGGAAAAUGCAUUAACUCAGUAAUUGUUUUCCACAUCAACUAUGGCAUUCCCUUAAAUUAACAAUUCUUAUUCCAGCCGUCCACAAUUCCUGUUUUACUGUAUAAAACCAACACUGUAUGUAUUUCAUGCUGCGCUCACAUUUCCCAUAUUGCGUAGUAUACUGGUAUGUUAGACCCACCAAUGAAACUGCUCAAAACAAGCCUUAAUUUGAGCCCUUUAUUGUCUGAAGAGGAAACUAUGACAGUUUAUAUUUGACCUUAGAUUGGGCAUUUAUUAAAGAGUGUGUGAAUGAUAUUCUGUAAUGUUGAACUCCCAUUGAAAAUAUUAAUAUUUAUGGAAUAAGUUCUAAAGUUGGACGGCAUCUUUUCAUUAGUGAAUAGGAAUUUCUUUAUUGUGCCUUACAAUGUUUCAACCAUGUGUGAUCUUCACCAAUCCUCAACACCGAUAAGACUACUAAAAGAGUAGUAGGAGACUGCUUGUAUGCAUUGUCAGCUUGAUGGCAGAGUCAUUACACUUUUCGAAUAUUAUUGGUGAAUGCUUGCUUCUAUUUUUUUUGUCUCAGUAUUCAUUGAAGAGAUGAUGUUUCUCAGAAUCCACAGCUUUCAAUGGUAGCAACUUUGUCUCAUAGAUGUUCUGUUCCACACCCAGGUUCAGCGUUGUCUGCAGCCCUUCUGCCUAUCGAAGAAACAGCUGGAGCAUGUGAGGGACCUGAUUUUGGAUGAUAUGGAACGUGGGCUGAAGAAAGACCCCCCGAAAAAGUCAACACUUAAAAUGUUACCCACUUAUGUGCGCUCAACCCCCGACGGUUCCGGUAUGGUAACAUUUUAACAUUUAAUAUUUGUUUGUUAUGGAAUAUCAACAGCUCUACACAACCCACCAGUAGCUGGAAUAUUACAUGUUUAUACAUACUGGAACAGAACACUGAGCGAUGUUCAGUUUAAUCACUGACAAAGUGUUUGCUAUACAUUAGUGCAUCAUAAUAUUGUAAAGCGCUACGGAAUCUGUUGGCGCUAUAUAAAUGGCAAUAAUAAUAAUAGGUUCACAGAAGUAGACUUUUCUGAAUAUGUCCAUAUAUAGUCUCCAGAAGUGUAAAUACCCUGCUAUUGUAGAAAUACAUCACCUUGUGUUUUUUCAUCAUCCUUAAAGUCCCCCCCAUCACGUGUCACAUAGAGGAAGCUGGUAGAUAUAGCUGUCUCAUCCCUCUAUCUUGUGGUUCAUCUCAGUGGUAAAGGGAUACAGGGAUACUCUAAGAACCAAAACAACUUAAGCAAAAUUAAACAGUUUUGGUGUAUAGCUCAUUCACCUGCAAUCUCACUACUAAACUCUCUGCCGUUUAGAAAUAAAAUCCCUAAAAUCCAAAGUUAGCUAAAGAUUGCUAUAGCAGUUUUAAGUACCUUUAUUUUAGAUAAAUAUAUGAUUUAACUGUAUUUUCAGUAAGCGGGCAUUAGGCUCAAAUGCAGACAUGUUUACAUUCUGUUGCAAUUAAUUUUAAUUAAGUAGUCUGCACUGUUAAUAAUGCCUUCGGUGUCCUUACAAUUACCUAUAUACACGGUAUUUGAGAAUUUUUUAAAAUAUAAUUUUGCCAUACUUACUGUAUGCAAAAAAAAAAGUAAUUUUUGCUUAUAUAUGAACAUUGUAAACCCUGUGUGAAGUAUUGCAAGAUAAAGGACACUGUAUACUUUCCAAACAUAGAAACAUAGAAUGUAACGGCAGAUAAGAACCAUUCGGCCCAUCUAGUCUGCCUAAUUUUCUAAAUACUUUCAUUAGUCCCUGGCCUUAUCUUAUAGUUAGGAUAGCCUUAUGUCCAUCCCACGCAUGCUUUAACUCCCUCACUGUGUUAACCUCUGCCAAUCAGCUGGAACUGGAAGGCUAUUCCAUGCAUCCACUACCCUCUCUGUAAAGGAAUACUUUCUGAAAUUAUUUUUAAACCUUCGCCCCUCUAAUUUAAGACUAUGUCCUCUUGUUGUGGUAGUUUUUCUUCUUUUUAAAACAGUAUCCUCCUUUACUGUGUUCCAUAAAGCUUUUAAUUUUGCCAAAAUUUUUUUUAUAAAGGAUGAACGAAUGAGUGAAAUAUAACGAUUGUGUAAAUGUACAUACUUUAAAUUUUUAAGUUUAAUCUAUACACAAAUUUACUGUGUUAUGAUAUGUUUAUAUGCUGGCUGUGAAUCCUUUGCUUCAAAUAAAUGUUAUGCUAAUACUUUUUCAAUCAUAAAGUGCCAGGUAGUGAAGUGGGUAAUAUAUUUUUGUCAUAUCUGCUGCUGUAUGUAAUAAAAGUGAUAUUUCUGCUUAUUUUGUCCCCGGACAAAGGUGCAUCUAGCACCGAAACGGCUGUCGGGCUCACUUGCUUUUCUUUCCUUUUUCUCAUUUUUACUUUGCACUAUGCACAUUUGAUUUUGUAGAUAAUUGUAUAUAAUAUAUUAUUAGUGUCAUUUGGGUAGCUGCUCUGUAAGGGGGACGGUUCUUUGGCAUUAGUAAGUUGCUGGCUUAGCAGAGCAACUGAGGUAAUAUGCUGUAUUGCUUGUAUUCAUUUCCUGUCCUGUGGUAGUAGGCCAGUGAUGUGUCCUGUCCUGUGGGCACGCGGCCACAGGUUCGCCAUCAAUGCAGAGUAGGCACCUGCCUGCCCAAAACGGCAGGCACCUACUCUGCUUCCGGGUCGGGAGGCAGGGGGAGAGAUCUGUGAUGCAGCUCCCCUGUCCUCCCGCGCGAUGCUGUGUGGAGCGUUGCCGCGCGUUACCAUGGCAACGCUCCACACAGCAUUGCGCAGGAGGACAGGGGAGCUGCAUCAUAGAUCCCUCCCCCUGCAGUGCUUACCACCACCGGACCACCAGGGAUGGCUGUGUGUCCCCCCCCCUACUUCAUUAAAGGUAAGAAGGAGGGAGGGGGGGUAUACUGACACACAGCACCCUUACCCCCCCAGAAGUAGCCCUACCCCCCAGCACCCCUAUCCCCCCAGCAGUACCCCUACCCCCCCAGAAGUAGCCCUACCCCUCAGCACCCCUAUCCCCCCAGCAGUACCCCUACCCCCCAGCAGUACCCCUACCCCCAGCACCUCCCCAGCCAGUACCCCUACCCUCCCAGCAGUGCCCCCUACCCCCAGCAGUGCCCUAUCCCCCCAGCAGUACCACUACCCCCAGCAGUGCCCUACCCCCAGCACCCCUAUCCCCCAGCGGUACCCUACCCCCAGCGGUAGCCCUACCCCCCAGCACCCCUAUCCCCCUAACGUUGCCCUACCCUCCCCCAGCAGUACCCCUACCCCCCAGCAGUACCCCUACCCCCAGCAGUAGCCCUACCCCCCACCCACACACAUUACCCCCUACCCCCCACACACGAGGUACCCCCUAACCCCCAGCAGUACCCCUACCCCACAGCAGGUACCCCUACCCCCCACACACACAGGUACCCCCUACCCUCCCAGCGGUACCUACCCCCCAGCAGUACCCCCUACCCCCCAGCAGGGUACCCUACCACCCCACAGCAGUACCCCUGCCCCCACACACGGUACCCCUACCACUCCCCGGCGGUACCCCUACCCCCAAUUUACCCCUACCCCCCGCGCAGCCCUUACACAUACAGCACACACACACACACACACACACACACACACAGCACCCCACACACACACACAGCACCCCACACACACACAGCACCCCUCACAUACACACAGCACCCCUCACAUACAACCCUCACACACACACCCCCACACACAUGCACCCCCCACACAAGCACCCCCCACCUCAAUGCAGUAUGUGUGUAUUCAGCAGUGUGUGUGUGUGUGCAUGUAUUCAGCAGUCUGUGUGUGUGUGCGUGUAUUCAGCAGUCUGUGUGUGUGUGUACUCAGCAGUCUGUGUGUGUGUGUACUCAGCAGUCUCUCUGUGUGUGUGUGUACUCAGCAGUCUGUCUGUAUGUGUAUUCAGCAGACUGUGUGUGUGUAUUCAUCAGUCUCUGUAUUCAGCAGUCUUGUGUGUGUGUGUGUAUUCAGCAGACUGUGUGUAUGUAUUCAGCAGUCUGUGUGUGUAUGUAUUGCAUUUGUUGGAGAUACUAAUAAAUAUAAGCUUAAUUUUAUCUAUUUAUAUCAUUAUUUAAAAUUUGUAUCAUUGAACUCUCUGUGUUCUUUUAAAACAAAAGUUAUUAGUUCGGACAACAGUACGAGUUGUUUUUUCUAAACUUAAACCUCAGUAUUUGGGUUUAAUUGCCGUGUUGGCACUUUAAGGAGAAAAAAAGUUGGCAUGUAUUGCGGUUUGGGCACUCGGGCUCAAAAAGGUUCGCCAUCACUGUAGUAGGCUGUUGCUUUCCUUAGAACAGCCGAUGUAUUAACCUGCUGUCACUAUUUAUAUUCUCCUUUGGGUCAUAGUAACCUUUUAUUUACAUUUUUAGUAAGGGUGUAAAAGUGGAGAUACAUACAGCACUAGUACCUUGUUGCCUCUGACCUUAUGAUUACUUCCUGUAAUAUUAGAGCCAGUUUCCAUCAUUAGCACUGUUCUCUGAGAUUCCUUACCCCUUAUCUGCUAUUUUUUAUUUUGUCUAUUUCAGUUAGUGUAUCUGAGGUACAACUCAAUAAAGGCUGAUUAGAUACACAUUUACUGAUUUUAGUCGUAGCCCUCCCUUAGCUAUCCCCAUACACUAUUUGAUUGUAUAUUUUAUGCUGUAUCCAACAUUUACCAGUUUUUGGAACCUAAUGUUCCACCAUUUUGUAUUUCUGCUUAUAUACUAACAUUUGAGACACUUUGUGAAAUGUUGCAAUUGCAUACUGUUAAAAGCUUUUCAUACCAUCAAUUCUAUAAAGAUGAACAAAUGAAUGACAAAUUAAAAUUGUCUUUAUUUAUAUAUAUAUUUUAAGUUUGUCUGAAAAGCAAUCCAUGCACAAAAUUGAUGUUUUAUUACACAUUUAUGCGCUUGCUGUGCACCCAGCGUUUCCAAGAAAGUUAUGCUAAUACCUUUUAAACAAAAAGUGUUUUUGUGUGGAAAGGGUUAAGAGCUGUAAGUAUCCAUGUCGAAUGUUAAAGAGAUUCUAUAGUUAGGAAUACAAAUCUGCCCCGCAGGUUAAUAAAGGCACCCCGCGGCAAACACAUUAGGCCCUCCCCAUAGGAAAGCAUUACUUCAUUGCUUUCCUGCUGGGAUUUUACUGAAGCUGAAUGUCCUCAUGUAUCCAGGACGUGCCUCUAGUGGCUGUCUGAUUGAAUUGGUCUGAUUGACAGCCACUAGAGGCUGUCUUAGUCCUGCAAAGUAAUUAUUGCAGUUUCUCAAAAACUGAAAUGAUUUACAUUGCAGGACUAUGUGGAACAAGGACACUGUACUUGGACCACUUCAAUGAGAUGAAGUGGUCUGGAUGACUAUAGUGUGUCUUUAAGGUGGCCAUUUUUAGACAGGAGAGGGUUAAAUGAAGGAAAUUUGCUAGGAUAACCUAUUAAAAAUCUUACUCUGUCGAAAAAGAGAGCCUUUUACUAAACAUAUUUCUAUCUGAAUCUGUCUUUUCUGAUCAACUGCAUUGUGCAGUCAACUGCACGUAAUGUAGAAAAAGAGUCAAAUUGUGUAUUUUUGUGGAAAAAUAUGAUCCCUCGUGGACUGCUGCUUUCCCUUUGCAAGUCACUACUCAUUCAUGCAAUCCUAACACAGUGCCUUUCUCUGGGGUGCUUUCCAUAUAAAGGAAUUCAUCAGGGUCAUGGCAAGUAAGGUUUCAACCCUGUUUUUAGUGCACACGAUUAAACAACAUUUUUGUAACUUUCUAUAAUUAUCUUCUUUUUCUCUUGUUAUUCUAUAUACUAUUGAAAAAUGCCAGUAGCAUAGUUUUUUUUUUUUUUUUUUUAACUCUUGCGCCCUACACAACGUUCUAAGCAUCCUUACUUUGUAAUGUGCAAAAAUGGUAUCUAAAAAUAUAUAUUUUUUUUAACUCAAGUGCUGCUACUAGAUAUAUAGUUUACUUUAUACAGAUGAUAAAUGCAAAAAAUAAGUAAUAGAAAAAAGAUUUGAAGUUCCUGCUUUUGCUGCAAAUCUCCCAGUUGUGUAGCCUCUGUAGGGAGCUAGGCCCAGCAGAACAUUGCGGACAUAGCAGGGAAUUCUGGGAGAUGUAGUUAAAGGAUCACUAUAGUGUCAGGAAAACAUAGCAAUUUUCCUAACACUAUGGUGCCCUGAGGGUACCCCCACCCUCAGGGUCCCCCUCCCGUGGCGCUGAAGGCAGCCACUAGAGGCUGGCUUAACCCCAAAUGUAAACAUAGCAGUUUCUCUGAAAACUGCUAUAUUUGCAUCUGAAGGGUUAAAACCUGAGGGACAUUGCACCCAGACCACUUCAUUGAGCUGAAGUGGUCUGGGUGACUAUAGUGUCCCUUUAAGUAUCAUCAUUCUACUGUUGGAUACUAAAAGAUGGACUGCAACUCACAGAACCCGAAGUGAAGACACCCCAUAUAAUGAUAUUAUUGAAGCAAAAAGGGAAACCCUGCAGGUUAGGAGGGAAGGGCAUAAAGACAAUACUUAUUUAGCAAACAGUUUGUUAUUUAAAAAAGAGCUAGAAAUCUGCCCCAAAUAAUUAUCUAUAAUUUUCAAAAACUCUAACAUUAUUUGACUUUUGAAGUUAGAUAUGUUCUUUUACAGUUUUACAUUCAGGGUCCUUACCACGAUACUCAAUACUGAUCUAUUCCAAUCCAAUGCUUCCCUUUAAAAAACAAUUGUGAACUUGUGGCGUAAACACAGCAAUCGCUGUAUUCCACCAAUCCAGUACUUCUCAAUGAGAAGCAGUAACGUCUGACAGCCACUAGAGCAGUGUUGCCCAAACCAGUCCUCAUGGCCCCCCACCCUACCAGUCCAGGAUUUAGGGGUUACCCAGUUGUGUCUAAGGUGUUUUUAGAAAGAAUUGGUAAACACUGCUCUAGAGAUAUGGUUUAGGCAAAAUGUAAUAAUUUCUGUUUCUCUGAAGCAGCAAUGUUUUACAUUGUCAGAAAAAAAGGAAAACUUUAUUGAACCAAAAUCACUUCAUUAAGAUGAAGUGGUUUCGGUGCUUAGCGUGUUCUUUUAAAAUAGCAACUGACGUGUAUGGGUGACUGGAUUAGCAUACACAUUUCCCAUAAUGCUUGUGGUUCAGCUCUAUAAAGAUCCAUUUGCAUUGCAUUCUGGGAUGCUUGAUCUCAAUCCUUUGAACAGCCCAGGUAAGUAAAUGGUUGACUCUAUAUAGAGCUCUAGCUGAAUUCAGUAGUGCAUGGUAUAGAUUAAAUUGUUUAGGCAUAUUUAUCGAUGACAUAUCUAUUUAAAGGGAGAAGACUGUGAGCAAUGUAGAUCACUGGAUAGCAGCACAAUAUAGCACAACACAUUUAAUUCACUGAACUCUUAAAUAUGAGAAAAUAUAGCUGUAGCAUAGUUGUGCAACCUUUUUCCAAAUUUUUUUUUUCCUCAAUGAAUGCUUUCAUGAAUAAACCCUUAUUUACUUAUUACCAUUGAUAUUUUAUGAUCGUUAAUUUAGAAACUGGCAACUUUUCUCCGACUGCUUCCCUAUGCAGUUGGUAAACAACCAAAAAAAUAACAUGACAAAUCAAAUACUAAAUGUUUAAGUUGUGCAUAAGAACAGAGUUGCCAGAUAUUCAAUGCUUUUCUAGAUGCAUAUUACUUACUGUUGGAGAGCACAUGAAAAGUUCUGCCUCGCAACAUUUAGUAUUCAUGUGUUGCGUGAGAGACACACUUUUUCAGUUCUGCUCUGGAGCAGGUUCCCCAAUAAGGAUGCCUAGUGAUCCCAUAAAUGAGACGAGCAUAGUGUUUUUAUACUAUAGUAAGCAUACACAGACCAUAUUGGGGGAAAUUAUUAUAUUCUGGAAUAUUUGGGUCCUACAAGUGAGAACGUUUGUAAACCCUGAUAGAAUUUAUGCUAUUUUGGGAUUUUAGUACAAUGUUGAACCAUUCUGACUUAGCAGUGUUUAGGACAUUCUGAUUAAUGAGUUCAAUUAUAUUUAGAAUUUCUCAGUAUUUGCACAUAAUGUUAUGGCAAUUAGAAAAGGUUUCUUGGUAAUGCUUCCCUUAAACAUCUUGCAACAAAACUGCAUGCUAAUUGGUUAAAUGUUAAACUCUGGCAGGUGAAUGUCACUGAGGCACUGGGUUAAUCUGUAUAAUCUAAUAAUUAAAGAAACACUAUAGUCACCUAACUUACUUUAGCUAAAUAAAGCAGUUUUAGUGUAUAGAUCAUUCCCCUGCAAUUUCACUGCUCAAUUCACUGUCAUUUAGGAGUUAAAUCACUUUGUUUCUGUUUAUGCAGCCCUAGCCACACCUCCCCUGGCUAUGAUUGACAGAGCCUGCAUGAAAAAAAAACUGGUUUCACUUUCAAACAGAUGUAAUUUACCUUAAAUAAUUGUAUCUCAAUCUCUAAAUUGAACUUUAAUCAUAUACAGGAGGCUCUUGCAGGGUCUAGCAAGCUAUUAACAUAGCAGGGGAUAAGAAAAUCUUAAUUAAACAGAACUUGCAAUAAAGAAAGUCUAAAUAGGGCUCUUUACAGGAAGUGUUUAUGGAAGGCUGUGCAAGUCACAUGCAGGGAGGUGUGACUAGGGUUCAUAAACAAAGGGAUUUAACUCCUAAAUGGCAGAGGAUUGAGUAGUGAGGCUGCAGGGGCAUGUUCUAUACACCAAAACUGCUUCAUUAAACCAAAGUUGUUCAGGUGACUAUAGUGUCCCUUUAACCUCAUUAAGCAGGGAAAUGGUUAAAGGUAAGCAGUAGGCAUUAUAACUGCUUCAUCUCAUUUAAUUGGUUAUAGUGCCUGGAGUCCCCUAAACCAUUUUAAAUUUUUCUCUAACACUAAAUAAGGAUCUCUGGCCACCCACAGCAAAGCCUGUACAGGAGGUGAGGCUAAGGCAGAGAUUACACACUUCCUUGUGAUAGGCUGAACAUAGUCAGCUGACACUUUCAGCCAAUCCCAUUCCUGCUCAGGCUAAUACUCCUCAUUAGCCCAAGCAGCACAGGACGAUGAGUUGGUGGAAACUCUCGUGUCGCUUUAAAAUAUUAAAUACAAUUUAACGCUAAAUGAAAUGACAGCACCAGGGGCUUCCAGACACUAUAACCACUUCAUUGCAAUGAAGCAGUUACAGUGUCUCUUUAAGUUAAUGUGGUUUUAGAGUGUCAAGGAAACUGUGAAAGAGCAUGGGAUGCAAUAAAUAUAGGAAUGAGGAAGGUCCUGUAAUGCGAAUUAGCAAUGUUUUUUACUUCCUCUUACAGAAUAAGUGUGAUGGAGUGAGCUAAACACAAGAGUGAAAUGAAAACUAAAUUGUACAAUUUAGAUCAAAAUAACAAAGUUAUGGGGGGGCGUAGCUAGCGCCCACCGGAGACAGACGUGUGUGCCUUGAGCUGGGUUUGCCUAGCAAAUACCUUUCUAGACGGCACUCUCUCCUGGGACACACAGUGACAGAUCCUUGCUUGUAUAACAUGUGGUGAAAAAAAUUAGAAAACAUCAGCCAUGCUCUGGGUCGGGCGAUAUAGGAGCACUGUACUGACUCAGAGGCCUACUCCAUCCAAGAUGGCGCGCAAUGGCGUCUGAGUUCUCAGAGAAUUACAGUCUGGAGAAGGACCUGCCAGCUCCAACGAGAAAACAAGUCAGACCACCCCACCCUCUCACCCUCGGGGAUGAAGCCACAUUUACCAAAGCUGACAUCAAAGCUCUCUUAAAGAACUUUUAGGCAAUUUUCCAAGAAGAUACAGCAAUGAUCAGGGAGGAGGUGCCAACCCUUAAAGGGCGCAGAGCCGCCGUGGAGGAAGACGCUGGGUUUACCAAAGUGGCUCAAGCGGCCACAGAUUCUGCCCUGCUCACGAUGCAGAAAAACCACGCUGACGGCCCGAGUAACCGAUCGGGAAGAUAGGGCCAGAAUCUGAAAUAUCCACAUCAGGGUAAUGCCAGAGAGCGUUAAUGAUGGAGAGCUUUCACACUAUCUCCGCUAACUUUUUGCUAAAUUUUUAGUGCCUACGCUACUAUCCCUGGACAGUUAUUUCAGAAUGUCAAAGGCACCAAGGACACCACAGGAGGCUCCCAGAGAGGUGUUGGCUAAGUAUAUGAACAAUGCCAAUAAGGCAAUGUUUAUGGGGGCUUCUGGGAACUCCCCCACCUUGUUUCACCUUACAUUCUUCAAGGACUUCUCCAGGCAACAGUUCUGUGGCGACAAACAUUCUGCUCGCUGAUUACAUUAUUGAGGGAUAAAGACAUCUCCUACAAAUGGGGAACCCAGUGGCUGCUGGUGGACCGGAACGACAACACCUAUACCAUCUCAUCUAUGGUUGAUGCUCCCACCUUCCUGCAAACAUUGUGACUUUCGGGAAACUCAAGACUACCGUUGGAGUGCCACCGAUGGAAUGUUGGCACUAUUAUGCCUUUUUUGUACCAGGAUCCAUCAAGUCUGGGGCUGUCACGGUGCCCAAUCAGCACCUCCAUGUGACCGCACCAGAUCGGUGCGGUCACACUAUUGCAGUGCCCGAUCGGCACCACGAUGUGACCACCUCUGAUCGGUGCGGUCACACUAAAGGAGGCAGAGGUUACUCACCUUGCCUCCAGCACCUCUCCCUCCGUGAAGCUCCUAAUACAGUGGCCGGGUCCAUCAUUAGGAAGGAUGCCGACCGCUACAAGGCGGCGUUAUCUAAUAACACUGCACACAAUGACAUCACUAGUGACGUGAACCCCCUCUCCGUGAUACAGUUUAAUGGCAAUUUUUUGCACUUGUAAUUAAUAUUGUAAACCUGGCUCUGUACGCUUCACUCUUGCCUUAGACCUGCAAAUUCUCCCCCUCUAGCUAUCUUUCAUGUUUCAGCAUAUAUGCCUCCCCAUAUUUACCCUGUGCCAGUCUAAACUUCUUCGUGGGUAAACCACGCUAGCUGACUUUCGCUAAUCUUUCACGCCUCAAUUUAGCAAUAGUUAAUCCUCUACCUGUGGUCUUUCAUGGCUACUUCUGCUGUCAAUUUUCACAAGAAAUGACCAGUAGCCACUUACUCACUAAAAAAAUGACCUGCUGUUUCUAUAUAUUCUUCUACAAGCCAGCUUUAGAUAUGUUUUCUUAGCAUGUUUAUUAGUCUGUCAUUAUAACAAAAAAUUGUGUAUGUUCUUUCUAAAUGCCAUACCAAAUGUAAGCUAUGUAUUCUGAUGUCCUUGUCACCUGAUGUUGUGGCAUGACAUGACUGUAUCACUAUGCACAGCAAAAAUAAAAUAAAUUAACAAAGUUGUGGGUUUGUAAAUGCUCAUGAUUCUCUAUGGAAGCUAUCACUUAAAGGAUCAUUUAAAGGAACACUGGGCACCAUAACAACAAAAGGUACUUACAUUUUUUUUUUUUUUUUCAUUCAUGGAUGAGAAACUAAAGAUUUUACUAAUGGGAGUGAGUGCAGCUCCAUACAUUUUUCUUCAAAAGGGAAAUUAAAGAUUGGCUUAGACCAGUCAGAUUUAAGCCAACCAGCGUCACCCCUGCCCCCCAGUGGCAGACUGUGCUUCCUCUAGAAGUUUUGAAAGCAGAUGUGAAUGAGGAGCUUUAAAUAAGAAGUCUGGCACUGAAUAAGAUAAAUGUAAUUCUACUUUAACUCCAUUGCCAUAUUUUAACCAAGAGAUAAAAAUGAAUAAUCAUUUAUUAUUUGAUAAAUGCAGUCCUCGAAUCAUGUGUUUAUGCCAAAUACAUUUUAUGUAGCAUCACAUUUGUGUAUUCAAUAUGCAAAGCUGCCCUGGGCUUCAGUUUGAUUACCGGCAAUCAGUAGUUUGAAAGGAUAGCCUUGGGUUUUACUAUGGAGUGCAUGUAUUGGAAUGUUUAUUGAACGUUUUCCUAUAUGACUACUGUUGAACAAACCCUUUCAUGCUCUCUGAAUUACAGUUAUAGUGGGAGGAAGUAAAUUAUCUUCCUUUGUUUUGUAAAAUGCUAGAAGGUAAAUCCAUAAAACAUUUCAUUUUCUGCAUAUUUGUGAUUCCCCUCCCCAUUUGGUAGUAUGGUGGGUGGGGGCAGCAUGAAAAAGCGAUUAGGAGAGACGGUCACGACCGCUGAUUUUAUUCACAGAUCAAGUGAGAAGUGACCCAUUGAGGUCACAUAGAGCAAUAGUGUAACGAACGCUGGUAUAUCAAAUACCCGCUGGUUCUUUUCCUCCCAAACUGGUAGAGGCUGAGUCAUUAUAGCUCGCCGUUCGGGUGUUGAUUCGAACGUUCUCCAGACGAAAUACAGCAUUCAAGUAAAUUCACCAAGCAAUCAGACGAAUACCCAAACAUCAGCCUAGAUUAGAUGAAUGGUUUAUUCAGGCCAACUGGCCAGUUUAUAUGCAGUUACAAAUGUACAGGGUUUAUUGUGACACAUUACAGGUGCAUUCCCCACUGGACCUCAGAGGGGACAAGGACAAAGUACAUUCUGCAGUUACAUUGACUCUCAGUUCCAGGAUACUCCCACAUAAAAUAACAUAAUCCUUCCCCUCUGCCUGGGAGAUAAUUGAGUCAGGCACUAUACUAAACUCCAUUAUCUCCAAACACAAACACACAUUUCCACAAAACCCCCAAACCCCAUGGAAACCCCACAAAAGUCAUAUCCCCUGAUAGCCCUCAUCUGGGGGACCAAGAUAUUAAAAAAUCACCCAGAUUGGUUCUGGAGUUCCAUGGAAGUCUUAAUUUGACAGACCGCACUUGAGGCUCCUGCUCAGAAAGAGGUCCAUGAAAUUAGGAUGUACGGUCGGUCUCUUUCGGGAAAUUUAAAAAACGAAAAACCGUCUAAAGGUGAAGUGCUAAUAUAACAAUGGAAAUUGUGCCUAAUGGUACCAUAGGACACAGUGAAUUAAAAGCAUAUACUUUAAAAGGGUUCACUAUUUUGGAAUCUUGGUGCAUGAAUAGUGUCCCUUUUAAAAAGUAAACCUAAAAAUACAUAUAUUGCAGACUGUGCAAAAAGUUGCUGUAUAAAGUGCUAUGCCAAGUAAACCCUCACAAAUUUAUUGAGCUAAACACUUAGCUCAAGUAUAUGUGCCUUCGGGUCCGUUGAGGCAACCCUUUUCCUUCUUUGCGGUCAGUUUUCUGAGUAUUCUGUCAAUUUUCAGGAUGCGACCAGUGCACUUAGGUGUAUAGCUCACAGUGCGAGUAAAAAUAUGUGAGCUAUAUAUUUCUUAUGAUUUGGAGCGGAGGAGGGGUAUAUACAGCAGUAAGAAGUCAAAGCAGAGCUGACAGACCCCUCCUUUUUUUUUUUACCCAGCUGAGGAAGCCACUAGCGAAACGCGUCCUGCCUUUCUGCCUUUGUCUGCCUUUGAAGCCAGCUUGGUCUGAAUGAAUAAUGUGUGGGAGCAUAUGUCCUAAUCGUUGGGCAUAUAUUUUAGCAUACAAUUUGGCAUCCGUGUUUAACAGAGAGAUACGGUGAAAGUUUUGGGGGCAGAUGGGUGGUUUUCCCGGCUUGGGGAGUGUUAUGAUGUGGGCUAAAAGUGUUUCCUGACGUAAGCAUUGAUGUUGGGUGGCCUCGUUAUAUGCUUUUGUUAAGUACGGUAUUAGGGUGGUUUUGAAUGGAUGAGAGUUCGUGUUGCUGGAGAGGUGUGAGCUAGGGCAGUAGGAUCUCAUUUAAGUACUGUUUGAUAGCCUGUGUUCAGGGAUGUCCUGUAUCCCUUCCAUAUCUGUUUGCAGAUCCCCGUACGCCUUUUUAUCCUCUAGUGUUGAGGUUCUUGUACCCAGAUCCUGGAUAUCUGCUCUGAUUUCUUUCAGGGCUGUUUAAAAUGUGUGCUGUAAUCUGUCGUGCAUAUGGUCUAGCAUACGUUGCAGGAUCUCCUGGGUCACUGGCGCUUCAGUGUGCAGAGUUCUUUCUGGUUUCUUCCUCGGCGUCGUCUUGCGCCUCUUCUAGCGGUGUUGCGGGUUUGGUUUGGGCGUUUUGGACAUUGAAGAAGCUCUUUUUGUCACUUCUGUCCGCCUGUCGCCUGCUUUUCUGCUGUGACAUCUUCUAGGUAUGUUUUUAUAAAGUUUGUUGCUGUCGGGUGUUCGUUCCGCUGAGUUUUUAGGCCUUGGUAGCAUGGCUGCUUCUGUUGAGCUCCAGGCCACGCCCCCCCCCAGUAGUAAACCCUUUUUAAAGGUAUAUAUUUUUAUUCACUGUGUCCUAUGGUACUAUUAAGCACAGUUUCCAUUGUUCUAGCGCUUCACCAUUAGACUAUUUUUGGAUUGUGAUACUAAGAGAUAAGAUCACGGUGGUAUAGCAGCUUAUAUAUUAAAUAUUAAGGUAUAUUACUGUAUAAAUUCUAUUAUAAAAUAUUAGCGCUAGUACACUACUUUUUAUAGAAACCGAACAAAUCCACGAACGGUUCCCCUGGCUCGUGGGUAGCGUUUGUUCCCAAAGGUCGUGGGAACAAACCUACCGAAUAGCGCUCCCCUGGCUGGUCAGCGAGAAGAAGCAGGCAUUCGCGAAAUUUACCCGUGUUCGGGAAGUAGAGUGUUCGAUUUUUAGUUCCAGACACUCAACGAACAAGUCCCGCUGCCCCUUUUCGUGCGACAAGAUGGCCACCGUUUUCUCCCGCAAGUGGCGUUUGGCUAUACGAACGGGAGCCACACAGGGAGAUCACUUAAUCUGCGGUUUUCUUUGUAGUUAAUGAGCCAUGGGGUGGUAGGUGUUCGGUAGUUUUAUCUACCGAACGAAGAAAAAAAAAAUUACCAAACACAAAAAGUAGUUUCUUCACAAGUAGUUUUAACCUAAAAUAGAAUUGUUUUUCCCCUCUAUUGGUUAGUUUUUCUUUAUCUGUAACCAACUGGUAGGAAAAUGCUCUGAUUAGUGUACUGCUGCGAAAUAUGUACAUAAUAUUUAUAUGCAUAUUACGUAUAUAUUUUUCAGUACUCUGCUCCAUUUUCACGCCUCUUACGGCGGUCCUAAAACUUCUUUUCUUUUUUUUUCAGAUGAAACAGUUAAAAUAAACUUUCACAUACACAAGUUUAGUUUUUAUAUCCUUAUGUUUCCUUAUUUUUCUGCAGAAAGUGGUGAAUUCUUGGUGCUGGACCUAGGAGGAGGCAAGUUUCGAAUUCUUAAAGUUAAGUUGGAGAGCUGUCACAGAGCAGAGAUGCAGAGCGAAAUAUAUGCCAUUCCCGAAGAAAUAAUGAUUGGGACAGGACAACAGGUAGAUUCUAGAAGACCCUGUCUUAUCCUAUUUUGUUAUCUUGGGGUCUCUUUGAUAAGAUAUACUCAAAGUUGAAUUCGGCUACAUGUUCCAAAUACUCCUGCUAUACACAUUUAUACAAGCUUUUGAGAUAUUUUGCAAAGCACUAAGGUUUCUACUGGAAGCAGUACAGAUUGCAGCAAAUAUGGCUGUGAGUAAUUUGAUUCCUGAAAAACAUGUAGGAGAUUAGAUUAAUGUAUUAAUAGAAGUUGCAGUGUGGGUUUGUGAUCAUUACCAUGCGUGUUUCAGGAAUGGUGCUUGUCAUGGCCACUUGUCUCAUACAUACAUGGAACUGCUGUACAGUUGGCUUCCAUUCUCCAUACAUGCAGUGGAUUGUUGAGUGGGACUCUUUGAAGUUUUUCGUUUUUAAAUUUUUUUUUUUUAAAUGAUGUGAGCAAAAAGGUUGCUUUCAGUGCAGCCUGUAUCACAUUAGAAAUAAACUGCUAUGAGUUGCUCAUCACAGAUUGCUCACUAGUCUCAAGAGCCCAGACAACUGUUUGAAAUAACAGUAUUUUUUUAUUUUAUGAUGAGCAUGUUAUGUAUGCUCAGCAUAAGAUGUGGCCAUUUAAGCACUAGUUAGUACUGAUAUUUGAGCAACAAUUAGUGACAUAUUUAAAGCGGGUCUGUCCCUACCAGAGGUCAUUUUGCAGUGAUCCCGUAAAGUAACAUCUUGAGUGAUGAUCGGCGGCAACGGGUUGCAGGUGGAGAUAGUUGUCCCUCGCUGCCACCACCAUCUUCACUAUACGCAUGCUCUUCAACUCCUGGUUUCACCUGCCAGGAGCUGCAUCUUUACCAUACUCUUAUGGAUACUCAAGGGUACAUGUAGGUUUUCCGUGGAGGCUCCAUAGAUCUAUAUCUGAAUCCCACAGCGGUCAAUUGUGAUGGCUGCUGAAAUUAAGGGGAAAAAGGUGACCAUGGAGCUCUGUCUCUUGUCAACCUCAGAUUUACCAUAAGACAAAGUAGUCAUUACGUCUCUUAUGGUUAUCUCUGGAUUGCAUUGGAAUUUCAGUGAAACCCUAAUAAGACUAGAAUUCAUAUUCCAUAAAGAUUGUAUCUUUUUAAAAUACUGAAAAGUGACAAUUGCUUCAGGCAUUUAUCAUAGUAACUGUAGAAGUUGGCUUAUCUUUGUGAAUAUAGGUUUUAUUUAGCGGGCCAUGAAUUGACAGGGAAAUACAAAUUAUUGGCUGAUAACCAAACUGGAAAAAUAAUCUCUAUUUCUGUUUCUCAUAAUCCUCAUUCAAUCGUAUUUGGUUACAUAUAUUUCAAUGGUUGGUUUAUUUUAAAUUUUUUUUUCACCUAAACUUUGCAAUCCCUUUUGUCAAGUCUCUACAAUUCCUAACAUAAAAAAUUAAACUGCAACAUGUUUAUAUGCUGACAAUGUCUGUUCUGUGCAACGUUUCUGUAGCUUUUUGACCAUGUUGCUGAGUGUCUUGGCCAUUUCCUUCAUCAACGAAACCUCAAGAAAACGAUCUUGCCCUUGGGCUUCACUUUCUCUUUUCCUUGUGUGCAAAGUAAGUUGGACAAGGUAAGAACCUAUUCCGUUUGUGUUGUAUAUGGCUAGUAAUGGCUAGUAGUUUUAAGACAAGUUUGAAAAGUAAACUUGAAAACAAGUAUCCUGAACCUCAGAGACCAAUAAAUCAACUUGACAAUAGAUUAACAGCCAUCUCAUGCGUUCACCGCAGUUGAAAGGGAUCUGUGCACAAAUCUAGUGCUUGGUAUCACUUUCAUUUUGCUUUUCUAAAGAUAUGAUAAAAAGCAACAUUGGUGCCUUGUUACAUGCAUGGACAUCUGUCUCUACAGAGUGUUUUGAUCUCGUGGACCAAAGGAUUCCACUGCUCAGGAGUAGAAGGAAAGGAUGUGGUACAGCUGCUGAAAGAUGCCAUUCAUAGGCGAGGGGUGAGUGUCUAAAUGGGAGAAAGGAGGAAUCGUGUAUGUUACAUUGUCUGCCAGUGAUAACCUUUUGGGUAGCGUACGGUGGAGAGUUUUAGUUUGAAUACCCUUAGAGUAUUGGGUUAACUUGUGAAAGCUCAGACUACAUCUGUUGGGUAUUGUGAAGUAGUAUGUUUGCACCUGUGAAUCUUAGUCAUGCACUUCUUAAAAAAAAAUAUAUAUAUUUUUAAUUUAUUUAUUUUUACUUCCACCACCUCCCAGGAUUAUAAAGUUGAUGUUGUUGCCAUAGUUAAUGACACUGUUGGGACAAUGAUGAGCUGUGGGUACCAAGACCACAGUUGUGAAGUUGGCCUUAUUGUAGGUGAGUGUGAAAUGACCUGUAAGGAUUUAACGUGUAUAUGUGCCACACUUGUGUUUUGGUGAUUAAUUUUUAAAAGGGUAUUUAUUUUCUUUCCAGUUUGUCUUUAUGUGUGUGUGUGUAUGUAUGUAUGUAUGUAUAUCUAUCUCUCUCUAUCUAUCCAAACGAAAGUAUUUCUAAAACCUGUAAUAAUGUCAUUUUGAGGGAGCCAUUUGAAUAAAAAUUCAUAGUUUUCCUUUCUUGUGAACUCAUGUUUGUGCAACACCAAAGAGUGAUUCUUCGUGAAGGCCGUAUUGAAUGAUUAAAGAGUAACUCACAGACUAGAUGCAUAAGAUCAGUCCCCAUGUGGGAUUAACUCUUUAACUUCCUGUGGCUUUGAACAGGAUUAUUGAUGGCUGUGCAUGUUACCCGGUCUCAUUGACACUAGAGAGCAGUACGUUGAUUGUUUGUUUUUGGGGGGGAGGGGAGAGGUGAUAGGGAGUUCUUUUAAUUUUUGGUUUGUAUGUGCAUUAAUAGUGUUUACUUGCUGGGGGGGGACGACCCCAAAAACAAUAGUUCUGGUUCUUUGGUGAAGACCACAAUAUGUUUUAUUUCCUAAUGUGCCUGCAUGUGUCCUUUAGGAACUGGAAGCAAUGUGUGUUACAUGGAAGAAAUUGGGAACAUAGAGUCUGUAGAGGGGGAUGAAGGUAAAAUGUGCAUUAAUGUUGAGUGGGGCGCACUUGGAGAUGAUGGCGAGUUAAGUGACAUUCAGACAGAAUUUGAUCAUCAAGUGGAUAUUACUUCAAUAACACAUGGAAAACAAUGGUAGGUGGGAACAACACUGAAUUGUUUUUUCUUUCCUUUUUGUAACCAAUAAUACUUUCUUAUAUGUUCUGUUACUGCCGAGUGUCUUUGUAUUUUUAUUCUUUUUACAAGAAGCCUGGAGAAUUACAGAGACAUUGUAAGACGCUGCAAUUCAUGGAGUAAUUUGCAGUUGUUGCUGCUGGGCUAUAUUCAUUAAAUGGAUAUAGUUUUUUUUCUGCUAUAGCUUGUGUUCUCUCAUUGUUCGGUAUAGGUGAUUUGACAUGUCAUCUUCUAACCAUUUGAGGUGGAAAGCUAUCACAUGAUCACUUGAAACCAGGGACAUGUGACAUACACUGAAAAGGUUUAGCAUCAGGUAUUUCAAGGGGUUAAUGCUAAAGUGCCAUGUUCUGAAUCGGCUGGUUAGCAAUGCACCCAAAAUGAGCAUUUCCUGAAAUAUGGUGCCAUGUAAUCAUUCAUUGUUUUGUGCAUGCAGCAUUGCCUUCCUUUCAGGCAUGGUAUCCUCCAUUGGAUAAGUUGUAGAUGAAAAUAAACUGUUUUUGCUUCACGUGGCUUGGACCUUUGGAACGUUUAGAGCUGGAGAAAGGCCGGUGGUGCCUCUAGCAUUGAUCUUCAGCUAAUAUGUAGUUUCUGAACCGCAGGAUCCCUCUGGCAGUUACUGGAUUACAGAAAUCCCUUUAGACAAAGAAUUGUGCUUUCAGAUUUUGUGGCAACCAUUUACUGGGUGUAAAUGAAGAAGAUGGAGGUGGAGGGGUGGGGGGGGGAAGCAGUUUGAGAGCAUUUUCAUUUUCUGCUACUUCCAUAAUCCUUAUAAUUAUGACAUCUUUAAGGAAAAUGUUAACUAUUGCAAGCUGUGUGUAAUCCUGCACAAAACAAAAUAUUUAUACUAUAUUAUUUAUUUUGCUUUUCUUGUAUUUGUUGAAUUUUAUAUAUAUAUAUAUAUAUAUAUAUAUAUAUAUAUAUAUAUAUAUAUAUAUAUAUAUAUAUAUAUAUAUAUAAUUUUUUUUUUUUUUUUACAUAAUAUAGACUAAAAAACAAAGUAGUGUCCAUCAAGUCACUGUGUUUGAUCACUGAUUUUAAUACACUAAUCCUGCAUGACUGUUAUGGUUUUACACUGCUAAACAUAAAAGCAAGAAGGUUAAAUCUUUGUUUCUAAAUACUCUAUCCAACAAUUAGCAUUUUUGAUGUUUUGCUCACCUUUUCAAAGUCUGGUGUUUUUUUUGUUUUGUUUUUUUUUUGACAAUUUUUAUUGUUUUUGUUUGGGUACAGAAGAGAAGGGGUGGUUACGGGGGGUGGGGGGGAAAGCAAAAAGGUUUAUUCAGAUUUGUUUAAUGUGUAAAAAGGUUUAAAUUCUUAUUAAACCACACAUAGUAUGUAGAUACAUGGGCAGCUGUUAAUCUACAUUUAUUUAUUUAUUUAUUUAUAUAUAUAUAUACUUUUUUUUUUUUUUUCUGAAGAAUGUUGUACUUUCUGCCAAAUCUCCUUUUAUUUUUAUUCAAGUCUUGCCAUUAACUACUGACUUUAGUAUAGCAGUCAGCACUCCCCAAAACCAUAGGGUAUGACUUUAGUCUUGCGCCAAAAAAAUUAGCAAAUACAAAUUUUUAACUUGUAUACCAUCUGCACUUUUAAAGCUGUUAUAGACUUAGUGGAUACUUUAAGAAACGUUGAACGAUGUAUUACUUUGCUGCCACUUGGUUACUGACUAGCAACAUGCCUCCAUAUCUGGACUUUAUUUUUGUGCUAAUUGCAUUGUGGAGAAAGAGUUUCUCCGUGCACAGUAAUUUUUAUUUGGUAAUUACAGCAAAUAUUCUCAAUAUAGUUAAAUGCACGUAUAACAUUAGAGAACAUCUCAAGACUAAUUGUUUUGGGGGUAAAGCAAUAAUAUAUUGUCAUACAAAGAUCUAUAUUAAAUUCCAUAUUAAGUUUAGGUGGGGGGGUGGUUCCCCCUCUUUUCUCUAGAGAUGUGUCAUCUAAUUUAGCAUAUUCUUUUAACAAGUUUAAAUUUAAUUUUUUUUCUUUCUGCUGAGCGCUAGUGAUCCUGAUUUUCAUAAAAUCUACUUUGGUUCUGCUGUAUGGCACCGAUACCAUUGCAAAGUCAGUAAUUUGCAGAUCGAAAUAAAAACAGAAUUGCUAUGUAUAUGGUAAAUGGAGGCAGAUGAGUUCUGAUAUAUUGUGUGAUACAGUAAGUGAGAACUUCUGAAAUGCUGCAGUAGUGAUUAGUGAAUAGGUCAGUCGCUUUAUUACAAGGUAAUUCAAUAUUCAUUCUUGCUUGGGUAUGUUUUUCAGUUUGGAAUGGGAAUGGAAUUUUGUUUACCUGCUGUUCCAUAUAAGUGUAAUAAGAACUUUCACUGAUGCUGAAUCUUUGCUGAGUGCUCCCUUUAUCGGUCCUUUACUCAAGGAGUAACACCUGAGCCUGCCUUAACUUAAGGGGACCCAUCGAUAUCAAAUUGACAUUAUUAUUAUUAUUUAUCCAUUUUUUUUUUUUUUUUUCUUCUAAGCUUUUUGUUUCUUUGUCAAUACAGUUUUGAUAAAAUGGUCAGCGGUAUGUACAUGGGUGAAAUUGUACGGAUGGUGCUUAUUAAGUUGGCCAGUCAAGGACUACUGUUUAAUGGUGUGACCUCUCCUGCACUUCUCACCAAGAGAUGUUUCCAGACUCGAGAUCUAUCUGCAAUAGAGGAGUGAGUGCCCUGUUUAUUCCAGUCUCUGCUUUGAAAUAAGAGAAAUCAGAAUUAGUCUGUUCAUUUUUUUUAAAAUUUUUUUUUUUUUUUGCAGUGAUCACACUGGUUUGGAUGCAGCUAGGCAAAUACUCUCUCUCCUAGGGCUGAAACCAAGUGAGCAGGAUUGUUUGAUGGUGCAGUGUGUAUGUGGUGCCGUAUCUGCGAGAUCUGCCAGCCUUUGUGCGGCUGGACUGGCCGCAGUAGCGACCCGUAUACUUCAAAACCGCCAAGACCCAAAGGGUAGUGUUGUAGUUGGUGUGGAUGGUUCCGUAUACAAGAUGCAUCCAAAGUAAGACACUCUCAGCUUACAUUAAUGAUCUCUGCUGUCUCUAUGCUGCAGGUCCUUUCCGCUGGUUGCUACAUAUUCAAAGUCACUUGUCCUCUUUUUGAUGCCAUUAUGGUCCAUUAGGGACUUGAUUUAAUCUUUCUUGCCAAUGCAGUUACUGAUGACCCGUUCUAUGAAGAAGUCUUGUUUUAUUUUUGAUAUCCACAAGAUGUAUACUUGAGUCUUAUGACCAAUAUAAACAGAACAAUUUCACAUCUUACAUUUCACUUAUCACAUUUAUAUUGCUUGACAUACUGUGAAAGAUUAUUGCUAAUCCCCUUGUUUUCGGAAGAUAAUUACCUUCACAGCUUUGCUGGUCACUAGUUAUUUAUUUAUUCUGAAUUAAUUUUAACUUUUUUAGAUUUAGUGCACACCUUCAGCUGGCUUUGAAGGAUUUGGCUCCAGGUUGUCAAGUUAAAUUUCUGCUCUCAGAGGAUGGAAGUGGGAAGGGUACUGCCGUAGUGACUGCCGUAGCUCAAAGACUUGCCACACAGCGACUUCGGAUUAAUGAAGUCCUGGCACCAUUUAAUCUCUCCCUUGAGAAGUUAAAAGAAAUACAGGGCCGGAUGAGGAUGGAAAUGGACAUUGGUCUCCGGAAGCAGACACAGCCCACUGCUUCUGUAAAAAUGCUCCCCACUUACGUAAGAGCUACUCCGAAUGGAACAGGUAAAGUGACACCGGAGCCAAACAAUGUCUGUUAUUUUGCCUUUUUUAUAUAGAAAAAUUUAUUUCAUAUGUUCUCUUCCAGAACGUGGAGACUUCAUAGCAUUAGAUUUAGGAGGAACCAACUUCCGGGUUUUGUUUGUCCAUGUUGGGAAGAAAGAAGAAGGUGGUGUGCAGAUUGUGAGCAAAUCUUUCUCCUUGGCCCAGGAAGUAAUACAAGGAACCGGAGUGGAGGUAUAUGCUCACACAUAACAUUCACGUAUUUAUUUUUACUAUUUACUCUUGCUUCGUAUUAACCAGUACUUGCAGUAUGACGGUCUGUUACUGCAGUGAUGUUGAAAAAUAUGGUUUUGAAUCUCUUUUUAAAUAACUACUAGGUACUGCUAGUACAACGUACUUAAAAUAAAAUAUUGCUUUGUUUUAGCUCAAGCCUCAUAUUAUGAUUCAAUGUAAUCACUUAAAUUUUUUUUUUUUAACCCCUGAUUUUUAGCUUGAAUGCAAUAGAUUUCUGGACUUAAAGGCACUCUCCAACAACUACAACCCGCCACUUGAGACUAUUUAAUUGGGGUACUCCCUUUACAUUUUUGUAAAUAUUUUAUUAUAUAUAUUUUCAUGUGACCACACUGAAGAAAUUUCCUACAAUGUAAAGUAGUAAGUGUACAGCCUGUAUAACAGUGUAAAUUUGCUGUCCCCUCAAACUAACUUAACACACAGCCAUUAAUGCCUAGACCGUUGGCAACAAAAGUGAGUAUACCCCUAAGUGGAAAUGUCCAAAUUGGGCCCAAUUAGCCAUUUUCCCUCCUCGGUGUCAUGUGACUCGUUGGUGUUAAAAGGUCUCAGGUUUAAAUGGGGAGCUGGUGUAUUAAAUUUGGUGUUCUCACACUUUCCCAUACUGGUCACUGGAAGUUAAACAUGGCACCUCCAUGGCAAAGAACUCUCUAGAUCUGAAAAAAAGUGUUGCUCUACAUAAAGAUGGCCUAGGCCAGGCAUAGGCAACCUCCGGCACUGCAGAUGUUUUGGACUACACCUCCCAUGAUGCUUUGCCAGCAUUAUGUGUGUAGGAGCAUUAUGGGGGAUGUAGUCCACAGCCUCUGGAGUGCCGAAGGUUGCCUAUCCCUGGCCUAGGCUAUAAGAAGAUUGCCAAGACCCUGAAACUGAGGUGCAGCAUGGUGGGCAAGACCAAACCGUAGUUUCCCAGGACAGGAUCCACUCAGAACAAACCUCGCCAUGGUCGACCAAAGAAGUUGUGUACGUGAUCCAUGUCCUAUCCAGAGGUUGUCUUUGGGAAAUAGAUGUAUGAGUGCUGCCAGCAUUGCUGCAGAGGUUGAAGGGGUGGGGGGUCAGCCUGUUAGUGCUCAGACCAUACACCACACAAUGCAUCAAAUUGGUCUGCAAGGCUGUCAUCCCAGAAGGAAGCCUCUACUAAAGAUGAUGCACAAGAAAGUCCCCAAACAGUUUGCUGAAGACAUGCAGACUAAGGACAUGGAUAAAACUUAUUUGGUUCAGAUGGUGUCAUGCAUGUGUGGCAGCAACCAGGUGAGCAGUACAAAGACAAAUGUGUCUUGCCUACAGUCCAGCAUGGUGGUGGAAGUGUCAUGGUUUGGGAAUGCAUGAGUGCUGCUGGCACUGGGGAGCUCCAGUUCAUUGAGGGAACCAUGAAUGCCAACAUGUACUGUGACAUACUAAAGCAGAGCAUGAUACCCUCCCUUCGAAGGCUGGGCCACAGGGUAGUAUUCCAACAUAACGACCCCAAACACGCCUCCAAGAUGACCAUUGCCUUGCUAAAGAAGCUGAAGGUAAAGGUGAUGAACUGGCCAAGCAUGUCUCCAGAACUAGAACCCUUUUGAGCAUCUGCGGGGCAUCUUCAAACGGAAGGAGGGGAAGCUCAAGGUUUCUAACAUCCACCAGCUCCAUGAUGUCAUGGACUCCAGUGGCAACCUGUAGAGCUCUGGUGAACUCAAUGUCCAUGAGGGUCAAGGCAGUGCUGUAAAAUAAUAGUGGCCACACAAAAUAUUGACACUUUGGGCCCAAUUUGGACAUUUCCACUUAGGGGUGUAUUCCUCUUUUUUUGUGUGUGUGUGUGUUUUAUUUUUAGAGGACAGCAAAUUUACUGUUAUACAGGCUGUACACUUACUACUUUACAUUGUAGCAGAGUGUCAUUUCUUCAGUGUUGUCACAUAAAAAGAUAAAAUAUUUACAAAAAUGUGCAGGGUGUUUUCACUUUUGUGAGAUUCUGUAUGAUCAUGUUUGCACGUGCAAUCACUGGUUUAUAAAUCCUUCUGCAGAGACACUGAAAAAUGAGACUGAGAGGUUCCACAUACCUGUCUGAGAGACAAAGCCAGAUACAGACAGAUAAUGCUUUGGCAUAACUGAACACUUCUUCCAUUAAUUAUAAAGCUAAUUAUAAAGCUCAUACUGACUGUGUUAGAAUUUUACUGAAAUUCUCACCCAAUUAAAAGAUAUACGGAGACAAAGUAGGGACUCCUUUGUCUCAGUAUAUUUCCUACGCCUGGCACUUCUUGAAACUGGGCAGUGCCACCAUCAUCUAAAAGUGUAAAUCUUCCAGGGGUCACCAGUGACUGCUGCAGAGAUACUCGCUUUAACUUGCAGGAUCCUCCGUAGCAGAAGAGGACUGGCCAGAAAAUCGUGGUGACGCGAGGGACAGGUACAGGUAAGUAAAUCCCCCUUCCCCUGCCACCGGUCCACCUGUAGCAAUGUUGCAGUCAGAGUUCUUUGUAAAUUAUGCAAUGUCCCCAGACUGUGACAGUGCCGCUUUAAUAUUGUAUUGUAGCCAAGUUUUGGUUUUUAGUUGUAAGUUCCCGUUUUGGAAUUUACUUGUUUCCAAACCCUCACUUUCUGAUUGUAGCUAAAGCAUCUGAUAUCUAAAGCAAGUUUGAAACUUGUGAUCAUUUUGAAGUGUGUUAUUUGCCCCAUAAUCUUGCUUAUAUUAAUUUCAUUUAUAUUGAUAAGAUGGUUGAAUAAAUUGCAGAGCUAAACACUAGUUAUUGCCAAGCGACAAUUUCUGCAGAUUUGGAACUGGGAUUUGUCGAUCCCUUAAUUAAAGGACUCCAAAACAAACUAUAUAUUUUAUUUUAUUUAUUUAUUUAUUUUGAAGGGGUUGGUGGAUGGUUGACUAGAUUCAUGGUAAAGUGCCAUUUUUCAAGCUGGACUGGGAGGGUUUACAGGUUGAUUUAACUUUCUGCAGGUGAAUAGCUGACUCUUGCUUGAUUUCCAGCUGCGUGUCCGUCUUAAAAACUCAGUAUUUUUUUGUGUGUUUUGUUUCUGUAGAAAGCUAAUUUUAGGAUUUCUUCUCACCAACUCCUAACUGCUAUGUAUUCUUUUUAUCUCUGCAGCUCUUCGACCACAUAGUUGAUUGCAUCACAGAGUUUCAAGAAGAAAAUGAUCUCAGAGGAAGGAGGCUACCCUUGGGCUUCACUUUCUCAUUUCCCUGUAGACAGACGAGCCUUGACCAGGUAUAGCUAUCAAAUUGCUCUGUUUCACAAACUCUUUUUUUUGUAAUAUAAAUAUAUCUCUAAAUAACUUCUUGUGGGGAAAAUUUUUUCUUUUGCUUGCAGGGUAUUCUGAUUACAUGGACAAAGGGAUUCAGUGCAUCUGGCUGUGUAGGGGAGGAUGUUGUUAGGCUUCUACGGGAAGCUGCCAUUCGAAAAGGGGUGUGUAUUUUUUAUUUUUUCAGUUUAUGGUCCUGUUUUUUUUUAUUUUUUUUUAUUUUUUUUGCUAUAUAAUGCAGGUAUAUGCUGAUGAGCUUUUUUUUUGUUUGUUUUGCAGAACUCUGACUUAAUGGUGGUUGCUCUGGUAAAUGACACUGUGGGGACAAUGAUGUCCUGUGGAUAUGAUGAUCCAGCUUGUGAGAUUGGCCUUAUUGUAGGUAAGUCAAGCUCUAUACUUUAAAGUAAUUGGAAAAAUACACUUCCACAAACCUUAACCACAUGAUGAACGGAAAUUUAGAAAUACAAAUUGUUCUUGCCUGCUUGGCACCAGAUAGCCAAACUUGAGCACAUGCCGGAUAAUCUAAUACAAAGAGAAUGUGUAUGGGUCACCUUACUGUAAAAGGUAACAUUUUAACCAAAUAGAGCUUCAUCAGACUCUCACAUUGGUGGCUUGAAGACCAAUGUUAGGUUGAAACCUUGUUUUUGUUUGUUUUUUGUAUUGGCACAAAGUGCUUUUGGAUGUUGCAAAUCCACAGUUAACCAGGUUGCUUUUCUCACAAUGUAUUCUUUAUUCCAUGGGUAAGAAGCCUUUGGUACUUCAGAUGUUGUGGACUACAUCUCCCACAAUUCUCUUAAAGACAUAAUGCUGGCAAAGCAUCAGGGGAGAUGAAGUCCACAAAAUAUGGAGUGCUGAAGGUUGCCUACAUCUGCUAUAGUCCACUGACUUUGUAUUUGCAGUUCGAUACAGGUCAAAAACUGCUGUAGGGAGCCGACUAUGGGUCACAGAGACAACACAACCAGAGAAAUAUUUUGCCAUUUAUCUUAUUAUAUAGGAGUAAUAAAAAGUUAAAUGUUUUCAAAUUGGCCCCUCGUGACCCUAUACGCCAUAUGAUCUGACAUUUUAAUAUGGCCAGAGGGACACUUAAACACUGUUUGCUCUAAUCUAACUGUCCUCUCUUCUAUUUCUCUUUCUUUCACAUACUUCAAAGUCUUGCAAUUUUUCUCCACUCUUAAUAGCCUGGUAAUACUCCCAGGAAAUUUGCAUAUGCUAUUGUGUUCAUCUACACGGCUACUGCCGUUUGGUUUAUCUUCUCCUGCUAUUAGGCUUUUCAUUUCAAGGUUUCAUAACACGUUGCCUUUUGAUGUAGUCAUUUACUUUGCAUUGCUAUUAACACAUGCAUUGUCUGAUCCACUCUGCUCCUCCUCUGCUGCCCAAGAGUUAUAGCCACAGACAAGACUGAUGCAGUUUCUCACUUCAAAAACACAUACAGUUCUAACUCUCUCUUCUUUUCCCCGUCAUCAAAGACUUAACUCUUUUUUUUUUUUCCCCCCUGUAGCUAGGGAACUGGUCUCUCUUACUUCAUUGCCUUCGGUUUGAUGCAACCCUCUGCCAUUUUCAUCUUAAUGUGACUCACGAGAAUCUAUGACCUGUAGAAUAUUGCAUCCCCCGACUGGAAAAUUACAACCAAUUGCAUGAAGUCUUGUAUUGUGCCUCCUCUGAGAUGGUUGAACUGUUAUGGAACAAAUUUUUACUAAUUUAUUACUGAUGGCUUGGCACUUUAACAUUUUAUCCUAUGACAAAAGGGUUUCUGUGAUAGUCAUUGAUACCCCCAUGCAGGCCAGAAAGACUGGGGUGUCUUGCAUCUACCAUGAGGUUUGCGGAGUGUAUUUGCCUUUUUUGGUGGUCUUCCCACAGCUAUAAGUGGUUCUCUGAAACAGAUUUUAAAAAGGCCUGUUAAAAAGACCCGUGUGACAGUACCCUUAAGUGUCAAAUUUCUGCCCUUAUUUAUUCUAAUCAUGAGGUACCUGACUUUUCUCCUUGUUGUCCUGAUCUUUGUGAAGGCUCUGGCCCAUUUUUGCCAGGUAGUUCAUUCUACGGCACCACUGUAGAAACUGAAUCUGGUUUUGCAGUUAUUUCAACACUCCCUCUUUGACCCGAUGAACAAGCCAAUAUUGCUAUAUAAAUUUAAAAAAUUAAUAAAUAAAUAAAAAAAAGUGUGUGUGUGUGUGUGUGUGUGUGUGGCUUGGCACUCACCCUGUCUCUCAUAAAUAAAUACCUUGAUGCCUUGGUGCAAUCCCACGUUAUAGGAUAUAUGGAGAAAUAAGAGAUGCACUCUCAGGUCUUUACAAUAAAUCUGUUGGUAUUUAUUAAAUAAGUUCCAUCAUCUGACCGACGUUUCGACCCUACAGGGUCUUCCUCAAGAUCUUGAGGAAGACCCUGUAGGGUCGAAACGUCUUUCAGAUGAUGGAACUUUUUUUAUUUAUUUAAUAAAUACCAACGGAUUUUUUGUUAAGACCUGAGAGUGCUAUAGCUAUAGAGAUACAGAUAGAUAUAGAGAGAUUGCUCGAAAGUUAUCUAAUAUGGAAUGUAGAAGAAGUUGGUUGAGGUGUGCCGAAACCAAUGUACGAGUAGGCCUGUAAAAGAGGGCCCACAAAGGUGAAUUGUUGAUAUAGAUGGGUGUAUUUGGGUGGGGACAAACCGCUUGCAUGACAAAGGUAAGUAGGGGGGGUAGGGUUUAUAUAGGAUCAUAACUCCUCCCACAAAUUCAGGCCAAAUGGCCUUCCGACCUGUGUUCGGAAUUUAUCUAAUACGUAGUGGAAUGUAGAAGGAGACGCAAAGUUGGUUGAGGUGUGCCGAAACCAACGUACGCGUAGGCCUGUAAAAGAGGGCAAAAGAGGAUUCAAAGAAAACACACUUUAUGCAAGUUUAUACAGCUUGUGUACUGAAAGCUUGUGAGGAGCUUUUACCAUGAUUGAGGUGUAUAUGUAACUGCGCUGACAAUUGCCCGUGGCCCCUACACUUAGUGAUGUAGACUGGGGUGUAAGAGCUUGAAGCUGCUGAUGCUUUGUGAUAGAGAGGCCGGCGAAAGAAGCCAUGAUGUAGCUCCACCUUAAUGGAAUGUUUAGACGUGAAGUAGUGGAUAAGGACUGAUAGUGUUGAAGUAGUGGAUAAGGACUGAUAGUGUGUGGUUGACCUUGGAGACGUAAAGCGGAGUGACAGCAUAGGAGGUUUAAGUAAGAUGCUUGAUUUGUAGGUUUGGAGAAAGAGGCAAAAAAUAACCAUAUUUAACUGCAAAAGUCUUAAAAAUCUUCCCAGCGCCCCUCCCUGUCAUACACGCAGACAGCCACACACAGACAUAGAACAUAGAAUGUGAUGGCAGAUAAGAACCAUUCGGCCCAUCUAAUCUGCCCAGACAGUCACACACACCGAGGCAGACAACCACACGCAGAGAGCCACACACAAACACACAGGCAGAGAGCCACACAUCAUUACCUCUGUUCCUUGUGGAGGCAGACAGGCCGUGCAGCUCCUGGAUUCUGGUUGUUGUGGGAAGCAGGGACUCCUUCCUGCUUCCCCUGCAGCAGUUACACAGCACUUUUAGCUACGCCCUGCCGCAAAUUUAUUUAUUUUUUUUAAAAUUUUUUAUUUAUUUAUUUUUUUUUAAAUUUUUUUUUUUUUUUUUAAAUUUUUUAUCCUGGCCGGCCAUGCAUGAGCUGUGUUGGCCACACGGCGCCCCCUGCUCCAUGGCGUCCUGUGCAGCCGCACAGCUCGCACACCCCUAAGGCCGGCCCUGUGUGUGCUAUCUUUAAAGGCUAGAAAGAUUUUCAAAUAUUUUUACUGUCUUGUACCUCUUACACUACUACUUUUUAGUUUAUAUAGCGGUCUAGAAUUUUCUUCUCUAUUGUCUUGAACUCUCUCUAUCCCCUUCAUAACCUCCUUUUUUAAUAAUCUUCUUUUUCAAAGAAGCUUACAAUUCACUCCUCUUCACUUCAUAACCUAAUCCUCUAAUUAGAUCGUUUACCCUGGUAAGAGAAUCAAGCUCGUAUUCCAGUACUUUUCUCUGGCAAUAAAAUAGCAUUUUUUUAAAUGUAUUUAUUUAUUUUUAGUCUAUUGCAAACAGGAGCACUUAUUGAAUUAUCAGACUAUUCUCUGGGAAUAGACCUAAGCCUCUUACAUUUCACGUUUCACCCUGGGAUUGGGUUUCCUUGCCACCCUAUAUUUUCUCAAAUAUAGAUCAGUAAUCCGGGAUGUACAAAAGGUUAAAUUGGAUCCUCAUUGAUAUGAAGAAAAUUGUUGGUUAUAUGAAUUUAACUCUGACCUGAUCAAAAGACUUGAUUAAAUUUCAGUGUUUUCCAAGUAAUUUCAGCAAUAUCUCCAUCUAAUCCUGGUGAUUUUGUAAAUGUAUUUUAUAAGAUGGGAGGGAGGAUACACAAAUUCAGCAUGUAAUAUAUUUUAAUCAUUUUAAGAGAAAGGGCUAAUUUUAACUCUUAAAAAUUACAUAUGGUCUAUUGAAAUUAGUAAUUCUAGUAUAAACAAAGAAUACUAUGUAACCCAUGUUGUUCUUUACUGUUAACGUUACAAACACCCACUCAUUAGGUGACUUCGUAUAAUUGGUUUAUUUUAGGUACAGGGACAAAUGCCUGUUACAUGGAGGAAAUGAAGAACAUUGAAGUCCUGGAAGGAAGUGAUGGACUUAUGUGUGUCAAUAUGGAGUGGGGAGCCUUUGGUGACAAUGGUUGCCUGGAAAACAUAAUUUCAGACUUUGACCGUGAUGUAGAUCAGUUCUCAAUCAACCCAGGGAAACAAAAGUAGGUAUACAAUGAAAAUCUGUAGUGGUCACAAAUGAAUUAUGUAGUGCAGGGCUGCCCAAAAGGUAGAUACCCAAAUAUUUUAAAACUACAACUCCCUUGAUGCUUUGCAUGCCUUUACAUGAUGCAUUGCAUGACUUUAGAAUGACAAAGCAUCAUGUAAGCUGUAGUUCUACAACAUCUGGGGAUCUACCUUUUGGGCACCCCUGAUGUGUGUAUUCUCUUAAGUUUAAAAACAAACCACUUUGUGUAUGUGUUGCUGUUGUGUUUUUUUUUUUCUUUUUUUUUUCUAAUGGUUGUGUUCUGCAAAUGAAAAUGCUAUGAGCAUGCUGUACAAUCAAACUAAGUGACUUUUAUAAACUGCACAACCGUGAAUGGAAGUCCAUUUACCUUUUUUGGGGGAAAAGCCUGUAAAAAAAUGUUAAAUGCAGGUAUUCUCAAGAAUAUCCCCAUUUAGAGGAUUCCUACAUUUGGAUUUUGUUGUGUUCUCUAGGCUUUGGGGGCCAAAAGGGCAAAAAAACUUUGAAGUGGGCAUAUCCUGCUGAGACCCAGCCCAUUAACUUGUGUCCUCUGUACUGGACAUUUUGUUCACAUGCAUCUCCUUUUAUUUUUAUUCAAUCUCUGCUGUAUUCUUUUGGGCUUUUCAGUGAUAUGUCAUGUGAUAGGCUGGGAACCUCCUCUUCCUUUUCCUCAAAAAUGGAAAGAAAUUGGAAGACCAUUUUUUUUCCUCGGUUCCCAGGAGGAUAUGUAAGAAGAAAAUGGAGGUGGCAUCGAAGUGACAUAAACUUUAGGUUGUCCACAGUAGAGAAACUAGUGAGAAAUGGGCAUGCAUGCAGUGUAAAUGUAAAUAUAAAUAUAUAUAUUUUACAUUACAAGAAGUAAUUGUAAGUUUGUUAUAGAAGGGAAAAACGUAACUGAGAUGAAUAACUUCCCAUGGUCUAUAAAGAUGAGACGAGGUGGGUGGGGGUGUAUGAUAGAACCCUUUAAAUACAUAAAGAGAAUUAACACAGUAAAGGAGGAGACCAUAUUUAAAAGAAGAAAAACUACCACAACAAAUGGACAAAGUCUUAAAUUAGAGGGGAAAAGGUUUUAAAAAUAAUAUCUGGAAGUAUUACUUUACUGAAAGGGUAGUGGAUGCAUGGAAUAGCCUUCCAGCUGAAGUGGUAGAGGUUAACACAGUGAGAGAGUUUAAGAAUGUGUGGGCUAGGCAUAAGGCUAUUGUAGCUAUACGAUAAGGCCAGGGACCAAUGAAAGUAUUUAGAAAAUUGGGCAAACUAGAUGGGCCGACUGGUUCUUAUCUGCCGUCACAUUCUAUGUAUUAAAAUAACUCAAUUUUAAUUCUAAUUUGGCACACUCCUAUGGAUAUUUUUAAAUUCAUCUAGAACACUUGCUGUACAAUCUUAUGAUUGAAGCAAUUCCCAAAAGAAGACUCUGCUAUCUAACUUUUGGUACAUGUUUUUGUCUUAUUGAAAGAAAUCUGCACAAGCUCUACAUAUGCAAAGUUGACUUUUUAGGUUGAAUAAUGUUGUUGAAACUUGGCUGACAUUUACAUUUUGCUUUUAGUACAUGAAAUAGCAGGCAGUGUAUGUGUAAAAUCAACAGCAUGUGUGCUUUUUUAUAUAUAUAUAUUGGCAAACUGACAUCUGUCAUUUUAUUCGGUGAAUAAAACCCGAAAACAAAUCCUUUAGUAUAGUUUCACACUUUGCGUUCUCCUCUUUUGACUGAUUGUCAUUUAGUAGUCGCCUGCAUUUUGCCAACUAUCAAUUUCUAGCACCUACUGCCCUAGCUGAUGUGCAAUUUAACUUGCGCUAAAAGCACGUUUUUGUUCUUGUUUUUUUGGUUUUCCUCAAAUACACAGAUGCUUUUCUGCAUAUCUAUACCAGUGUAAUGAGUUUUCUACUAAUAAACCUGCUCAUUCCUUAUUGAAACAAGAACGGACACUGUGUUGCGGGCACUUAAUCCGUGGGUAGCUAUUGCUGCCAAGCCAUUGAAGUGGGCUCCAGGGAUUCGGUUUAUUGUAUUUUCAUUAUUCUAAUGAUUGGCGCAUUUAAGUCUAGAUUUACAUGCUCGAGUCAUUACUUGUAAAUCAUGUAGUUGUCAUAUCAGAUUAUGCAAAACUAGUUUCACCUCUAAUUGUUUAAUAUAUGAUCAAACGAGUCAGUCAAGUGUAUAUGUGAAGAGCCUUGUUCUCCUCUUUGUUGGCACCGUGCCCACGGCUGUCUUGCACUUAGCAUUGCUGAACGGCAAUUUUUUAUUGUAGUAUUUAUUAUUUUUGUUAAUCUUAUUUAUUUUUAUUAUUUUUUUUUUUUUUUAACGCUGCGUAUUGCUCUGUGAAGCUAUGCUUGGCUGAAAUCACGCCUUUUCUUGCAGUGUUUUUACUCAUUCACUGGCUUUACAAAUAAUCUAAUGCCACCUGUAUUAAUUAUCUUGCGUAUGAUUUCCAAGGAAUCGAGCUGGAAAAAUGUACUCUUAGUGCUGUAAUGGCUAUUAACAACACGGGUAAUUUAAUUUUAAUCUAGAGCACUGUAAUAUAAUGUGUAUAUUUCAAUUAAUUUUAUACCUUGUGAACUGAAAGCUGUGUUUUACACUCCUCUUAUGGAUUUUUGGAAAGGUUUGAAAAGUUCAGCUUGAUGGACUUAGUACGGAACAUUUUUUCCACGAUUUUGUUCUCUGACCAGUAAACGUAAGAAAAUAAAACUUAGUGUGUUUUUUUGUUUUUUUUUUCUGUGUGUGUAUGUAUAUGUAUGUGUAUGUGUGUGUGUGUGUGUGUAUAUAUAUAUAUAUAUAUGUGUGUAUAUAUAUAUCUAUCUCUCUUUUAAAUUAAUUUUUUUGAGGAGUUUGACUCUUGUGGACUUUUUAUUUUUAGGAGUUUUCCAAGUGUGCAUAACUGGUGUGGAUAACCAGACAGGGUUCAUCUAUGCUCAGCACAAACAAGUCAGAGAUCUGUCACUUUGAUUUAUCUACCUGUGCCCAACUUUGGAUAUUUUCUAAGGGGAAUCUAUCGUUCGCUGUACCUGUAUAGUCAUAUAUACACAGUCACUAGAGAUUCGGUGCAUUUUUUUAAUAUUCUCAUAGUGCAUAUUGUUAUGUUUGCAACAUGGCUGUGUUUCUGCAACACUUAGAGAAGUAUUCAGUAAACCUCAAAAUCUCCAUCGACUCUACCGACAGUGUAGAAAUACUCAUUCUGGUAUUUGAGUAUUUCAGGUUAUUCCUUUUUCAGUUUAUUUUCAUUCUAUUCUUUUUAUCAUUAUCAAUAAAACUUUCUAUUUGUUUAACUUUUUUUUUUUUUAUAUUUCUUUUUCCCCUUCAGAUAUGAGAAGAUGAUUAGUGGAAUGUACCUUGGAGAAAUUGUUCGCCAGAUUCUCAUUGUCCUCACUAAAUCCGGAAUCUUGUUUGGAGGCAAAAUCUCAGAGAGGUUAAAAACAAGAGAUAUCUUUCCCACCAAGUUUCUCUCACUCAUUGAGAGGCAAGUCUCUCUUAAACUAUUAUCAUAUAUUUUUUUUAUUUUUUUUAUCAUCCUCUGUGUAACUGGUAAAGAGCCUUACAGGGCAGCCAGCUUUCAAUAAGUUGCAUUUGGUGGCUGUAAUGUAACUUACCUGUGUAUGCUUAACUAUAUGCUUAUUUCGAUAGUGUGACAUGUGUUCAGUAAUGGAGUGCAUAGUUUUCUUAUCUGAUCCAUGUCAUCUCAGAAUGAUUAAAGCUUUUUUAUAUUACGGUAUCUGUAAUUAAAUAGUAAAUGCGUUUUAAGUUUGGAUGGUUUGCCUGGUGGCUAACCUUUUUGAGCCCAUUUUGUUAUAAAACCCCUAAUAUCUAGCCGCCUGGAUUCAUAUGCUCGUUUUUAAUGGCAUGCAGUGUUUUAAAGACCACUCUCGUAUAGUGACUAGCACUAUGAAGAGCAUCACAGACUUGCUCAUUUGCUAGUGCAUCGAAAAGCCCAAUUACAUAAACUUUUAUGAUAGUGUAAACAUCUUUACGUUUGAGAUCUAGCUAGAACAACGUUAAAACAAACAAAAAAAAAUACACUGUGCAUGUUGCUAUCCUUAAGUAAUAGAGAUUCAUACUCUGACUAUAAAAUCAAUUAAAAGUGCUGUAUUAGAGCAGCUCCCUACAGCGAGGUAUUAGUUUUAAUAUGCCGACCUUCAACACUAUGGACAAAUGUAAUUGUAUGUAUUUAUUUGUAAAUGCUUUGUAUACUAAUGUUUCUACUUUUGUUUACUUAUCUUGAGUGGGGUCUGGUCCUCAUUCUUUUGAUGGCCCGUCCUCUUUAAUGGAGCAGUUCUUCUUUGUGUAGUCUAUAUAGUACACCACUUAUUAAUUUACAUCCCAUAUUGCCUAUUUCUUUUCAUCAAAUCUUCAGUCUGUAUCAUACUCUUAUCUGUGUUUAAUUUCAGCUUUUUUGGGGGCUCCUAACUCCUUCUCAAGCUUUUACCCUUCCAAUCUCCCACUGCGAUUGUUUAGUCUCUAUUCAGUUCCCUUGGGCAAUAUCUUUGUGUGUGACAUUUCUUAUGCUAACUGAUACUGUCCCCAUUUAUAGUGAUACACUGGGCCUGGUCCAGGUUAGGUCAAUCUUGACUGACCUCGGUUUGCGUAGUACAUGUGAUGACACAGUACUGGUUAAGGAGGUGUGUACCAUUGUGUCAAAGAGAGCUGCUCAAAUGUGCGCUGCUGGAAUUGCUGCUGUUGUUGAGAAGAUUCGAGAAAAUCGUGGGCUAGACAACCUAAAAACCACUGUUGGAGUGGAUGGAACCUUAUAUAAACUUCAUCCUCAGUGAGUAUAUACCAUCUCCUUCUCUCUACAGCUCUUCAACUAAUUAGUGCCUAGAUGGUACUCUCUUAGGACAUCUCAAUGUGGUCCAUAAAGUCUGCUUGCAUGUCAAUAGGUCAUUACACUUGUAUGUGUUUUGUGGUUUGGGUGCCGCCAUCUGGACUCCCUUUCAUUCAUUUGUUAAAAAUCUUGCUCUUGUUUGCCAUGCAACAUAGUUAAUGAAUGGAAGAUAAGAAUCUCAUUUGUAUUGUGUGCCCUGGCUGUGCCUAGCUUGCACGAAGUUUUGACAGUAUUGCUAAAUCUUUAACCUACAUUGAAAAGAAAACUUCAUUGCAUGAAAAGGUUGGCACAUAUCCUAUGUAAUUUUCAAUGUUUUAUUCAGGUUCUCCUUGAAGGGAUUGAGAUAGGAAAAUUGUCAAUACAAAAGAUUGUUGCAUAUUCUUUGCUGUUUUGGUUUUUAUUUUAUUUUUAUUUUGUCCACCCAUAUUUAGUAGAGCUUAUGUAUCACACUUUAAUAUUUCAAGUUACUUGCCACUCCAAGGCUGCAGGAUCCAGGUGUGAAUCUCUACUCACCAAGGCAGAAUUUUCGCUCCCCAGUGACAAUGGGAAGUUUUGAACCCUAGUAUAUUGUACAUUCGAGUCUUGUCGUUACUUUACAAAAGAGGUCAUUUGUGGAUGCUGCCUGCUUUAAUAAUAAAUCGUUCCGAAUUGAGCAGUUACAAGGUUAUACAUUUCUGAGACUUAAAACCGUAACCAGUGGCAACUUUAUGUGACAAUAUUGGUGAUUAAGCAAAUUAUUAUAAGAGCGGGCAUUGUGAGACUAAUCCACUGGUCCACUAAUCGCAUCCACUGGUAGGCCGCACGAGUUUGUGCUGCUUGUCGUUUAACUGGAAAUCCGUGUUGAUUUUAUAUUUCAUAUAGACACAGAUUAUCUCCAGCAUGUAAAUUGCUGUUUUGUUUGGGUAGAAAAUAGAUUUAACAGCACAAUAUCUGAUUCUCGCAUGGGACUCACACCAAGUGCGACUAUUCAGUGCGGCGACCAGGCCCCCCCCCUUUUCUCACUGUUGUUGAUAAGAAAGAUGACAAAAUAAAAACCAUUUGAAGCACUUUCUAAUUCUACAACAGUUAAAAAAAAAUUUUUUUUUUUUUAAUUCUCAUGCCCAGAAUGGCGGUUAGAUCUCUCUUCGGGUCAAGAAGCUGUUAACCCACAUGAAAUAGUAUAUCCUUCUCAUACACACUACCUAAUGCCUCCCAAUAUUAAUACCUAAAACUACAAUCAUACUUGAAGAGGCACUUUAAAAAAGAGGCCGCUAGUAUCCCAUCUACACACACUAUUACACAGUGGGAACAAAUGUGUAUUAAAGGGACACUUUAGUCACCAGAACAACUACAGCUUAUUGCUUUUGUUCUGGUGAGUAGAAUCAUUACCUUUGGGCUUUUUGCUGUAAGCACUGUCUUUUCAGAGAAAAUGCUGUGUUUACAUUGCAGCCUAGUGAUAUCUCCACUGGCCAUUCCUCAGAUGGCUGCUAGAGGUGGUUUCUUGGACAGUGCCUAAAAUGCAUCCAAACAUUCAGUGUCUCCACUAAACUAAACUUUCCUCCUAGAGAUUCAUUGAUUCAAUUAAUCUCUCUAUGAGGAGAUGCUGAUUGGCCAGGGCUGUGUUUGAAUUGUGCUGGCUCAGCCCCUGAUCUGCUUGUCAGUCUAAGCCAAUCCUAUGGGGAAGCAUUGUGAUUGGAUCAGGCUACCACUUCUGAUGAUGUCAAAAGGAAAACAGGGACAAGCAAGCAGCUCCAGACUUGUAUUCGAGUAAGAUUUUGCUAUAUUUAGGGACCCAUGAGGGGACCUUAGUGGCUAGAUGGUGGUUUGUGUUCCUGACCCUAUAGUGCUCCUUUAACAAAAGGAUGAUACCUCAUUGUAAGCUAAUCUCCGACCACAUACCCUUCUCCGCAUCCAAACCAGCACUAAAUUGGGAGCAAGACCUCCAUUGACCCAUACUCCCGAAACAAUGGGAACGUAUACUUCAGAUGACCAAGGGCCUAAUUAAAAACUCUGCACAUAUUGAACAUCGUAAAAUGCUGUACCGCUGGUACAUGGUGCCUACAAGAUUAUGUAGAAUAUUUCUAAACACCUCUCCACGCUGCUGGAAAUGCACGUGGUUGCAAUGCACAUAUAUAACUCUCCAAUUUGAAACCUUGCAAUUCCUCCUUCUAGAUUUCUCACCAGACUUGCCCAAGGGCAAAAAGAAACUGGUACUCCACAUCCUGCUGUCCACCCAAAAACUAAUAGAACUGCAUUGGAAAUCCCCCAUGGCACCAACAAUACGAGAAUUGAUAAAUGCCCUUGACAAACAACGUCUCUAUGAUAAAGGCUUUACGUUGCUCUUUCCCCCAUCUAAGCCGUGCCAAGUGGCCUGGGAUGUGUGGGACACAUGGAGAUUGGAUAACCCUUGACUAUGUAACCUUGUAUUUCUGCUCUCUAACCUAAGGCAUACAAAUACAUUCCUGGUAUACCUGUACUAAACCCAUACCCACCUUGCCUCGACUGAACUCCUGGCUAAGUGGCCAACAACCACAAAAAGAGUAAUGUCCAACAUCUGUGCUUCCGCCUUAAGAACUUAGGCCCAUGGCUCUCUCCCCCCUAAAAAUAAUCCCAAUACAGAAAUGGGAUGGAUAACUGAUGUCGCACCAUAUCCAAGCACACAUGACCGAAGCUACCCACACGUAGUCUUUACCCAGUAGCGAGUUCUCAAUCCACAACGCAUGUUCAAGAUUCACACACACCAGCACCACAGGCCGCAUAUCUAUGACUUUCCUCGUAAACUACUCCACAGGUCUCACAACCUUAGAGAUCUAGACAUACUGAACCUUGUAAACGUCCCACUGAUCUUUACUGUUUGGGCUGUUCAAGUGUGUGUGUGUGUGUGUGUGUGUGUGUGUAUAUGUAUAUGUAUGUGUAUGUAUAUAUCCAUCUCUAUCUCUCUUAGAUGUGAUCAGAUGUGAAAAAUAUGUGCCGUGUUGAAAUUGACACUGUCCCCACCUCUCCCUUUUUUCCUUCUUUACUCCUCUCCCUACACGUUACAAAAAUCUAACUUUUCAAGUGAAAAAAAAAAAAAAAACUUAUAUCCUUGAAUAUCUUGCUGUUUAAAAAAAAAAAAAAAUGUAGUGACUCUGAUAAAACGAUCUCAUCAGGCAGAGAAUUCCACAUCUUUGUUAUUCCUGUAGAAAGCCCUUUCCUUUGCCUUAGAUUAAAUCUCUUUUUCGCCAGUCUAAAUGGAUGCCCUUGAGUUCUGUCUAUAGUUCUAUUUACUACUUGAUUUCCAGACAAUGGUUUGUAUUGGCCCUUAAUGUAUUGAUGCAGCGUUCUAAUGUCCCAUCUGAGGUGCAUUUUCUAGACUAAGCUGAUCUUAAAUUUGUUACCCUUUCUUCAUAAUUAAAGUAUUCCAUUCCCUUAGUUGUGUAGUUUGCCUUUGCACAUUUUCAGGUACUAUUAUAUACUUUCUAAAUGGUGUAUCACGUUGGAAAGUGCUAUGUGAUGUGGUAAGUGCUACUUUUAAAUAUAGUAAAGCAAAUGUCCACUUUUAAACUGACCUCCCAGUCGCUGAGAAUGAUGAUUGUACAGAAAGUUACAGAUGAUGAACUCUACCCAUAUCCAGUUUAAAUAUCAGGUCUCCUUUCUAACAAAUUUUUUCCUGUAGGUUUUAAAUUCCAACUUCCAAUUUAUUUAUAGAAUGACAUGUUUUUAUGAAUUUAGAUUGAAUGUAUUUAGCAUUUUUAAUGCAGAUAGAACAGAGGAGAGCUUUUAUAUAAUGAAGUGCAAAAUGUUUCUAUAGUUUUCUAUUCAGACACAUCUGUCUACUUCAUUUGUUUACUCUGGAGAAAAACCUGAAACAAAACCGAGAUAGUUUGUCAAGUGGAUUCCAGCACCCUAGGGCGCCACUGGGUAAAAUACCAUUUGAGAGGGAUCGAUUUAAUCCUUCUGUUUUUUAAUAAAGGACACAUGGUUAGAAUAUGGUGUUGUCAUUGAACUGACAUGUAUUACAAUGUACAAAUAGCCUUUCACAUUUUCUAAAAUGAUAUUUGUAAGAGCAGUUUGUUGCAUUUUUAAUGGUGUGCCUUCCAUUUUUAGUUUUCAGUUACUCUUAGCUACUUCCUUACUCUGCCAUCACAUCCUCCUGUUCCUAUCUUGAGGGCUUUGUGUGUUCUGCACUCGUUGGAAUAUAAUGUCUCUUUUUACUCAUUCUUUCUCUAGAUUCAAACAUAACCAUAAUAUGGAAUUUGUGAAUUUGAAAAGCCAUAAAGCUGGUCUCGUUCUUUGUAGCCACCCUCCUUUGCACUCCCACACUCAAAUGGCUUCUCUGGCAUCUCCAUGUGUAGUCCUAUUGUUGUUAGGAUUUUGAGACAGUACCCAGAUUUGUCUACUCACUCACUCAUUUAUUUAUUUUUCUCGUGCCCACCCCCUGGUUAUAUAUCUACGGUUGUGUUUUUAUACAAUAUUUAUUUUAUACUUCUAGUUUUGCAGUCAAUGUUCAAGAAACUGUGAAGAUCCUGGCUCCCCAGUGCGAUGUCACCUUUUUGCGUUCUGAUGAUGGCUCUGGCAAAGGAGCGGCGCUGAUCACUGCCGUGGCCUGUCGUAUUGCUGGUGCAGAGGCUAGAGCAGCUUAAACAGAAAUUUCCUCAAUGGAGUUUGAUGCUUUAUAUUCUGCAUUUACAAUGUAUACAAGUUUUAGGAAAACCUUUGGUACGUUAUGAUGGUAUUUAUGAUUAACGUUAUAAAAAAUAAAAUAUUUUUGCAUAAACUUUCUUUGCUUUCCGUCCAUGCUAUUUCAAACCUCGGGCCACACCAUGCUUCCUGUUCGACAGGCAAUCACACAGAAAUGACACAACAGGAUGAGAGCAAUGUAACAUACAUUUUAUUUUCCGAAUCCUCGUCUAAGAUAGAGGGUUUUUGUGGUAACACAUUGAGCAAUUUACAAAUCUAGACUUAAGCAGAACCUGCCAUUUUUUUAGACUUCAUUUUAGAUUUUGCUUGUCUAUACAUCAUAAUGGACUUUUUGUUUGUACUCCAGAGUAAAAUGGUUUUAACGUUUAUUUUUAUAUAUAUAUAUAUAUAUAAUUUGCUCUACAUUUUUAUACUUGUUUGUGGUUGUUAUGCCACUUAUUCAGUAUUGACAAUCUAUUAAAAAGAAAAAACAAAAGUACAUAGUGUAAUUCUGCAAAUUAAUAGUGAAUAAACCUAUCUCCUAUAUAAAAACCACUCAGAGGAUCAGGUCUUUCCUUGCAGAGAAUCCACAUAAUACCUCUUUCUGGCUACUUGAGAUAUAGGAUUCCCUUUGACUGACCUUGAAGGGAAGGCAUGACUGCUGCCCAUAGUAGGGGAUGGUUAAAUGUGGACACAAUUUUGCAAAAAGGGGACGAGAUGGGAGGGUACUUACCACUUGUAAGAAUGUUGUUGGUUGUUGUGGUCUUUGUUCUUUUGUUUUUGGAGUUUCUGUUCUUUUUGUCACAGCAUGCUGUUUCCUGGCUAGCGCAAGUGAUGGAAGUGCCGAGUUGGCUUGGAGAGUCACAGCCUUCUAGGGCUGAUGGCGAAAGGCAGGCUGUCUAAAACUAUGGAAAAUAUAUGUAUUGCCUCUCUGUUGGGCAAUCACUCCAACAGCUGACAGGUGGAAGGAAUGCUGGAACAUUGAUUUAAAUAAA